AUGUUCCAAAACCUAGCUCUUACUACCAGCCUGACAGCAACCAAGCUUCACAAGAUGGUGGAGAGGCCUCCUCCGACAGAGCAGUACCUGACUAUUGAGCCGUGGUGAUACACACGAAUCCACUAAGCAUUCCCAGCUGAAGGCAAUCUUUCAGGGCAUUGAGGCCCAGCUAGAAAAGAGAUAGAUGAGUCCCUCGCUGCUGCCUCAGGAAAAAAUCAGACUAGGCGAACCUCGAUGCACGCUGACAAGUUUCUUCUCAUCUCCCAGUAUGUUUAACUAGGCUGAGGGCCAACCAUGGCUUGACCCAACUCCACCACUUGCAACGGCAGACAACUGCCAAAAGCAAGCAGUAUCACAAUAACUGGUCUCUAAGUAGUCUUCUGAGUGAGGGGGUCUUGGAGAUUAUGGAUUCUUGGGACUGUGGUAUGAAGAAGCUGGCCUAUGACCAUGUUGUGGCAGAUUGGAUAACCUGCCCCAACAAUAUUACUCAGACCCUUCCCAAUUUCUGCUUUGUAGAGCGAGGGAAUUGGCUGAUGCGCAAGCCUUUACUACAUGUUGGCCUACCGCUAGAUAUAUCCAGCAGCCAUUUUUUAAUCUUGAAUCCUUUUUAAAUGACAUCAAGAAUCUCCCAUGGCACAGAUUAAACAUUAUCCCAGAUCUAGACUGUGCUGUUGAAUACUUUCAGUCUGAACUCCUACAAAUUUGGAAUUUGCAUGCCCCGCUGCGUAAGGUGAGGGUAAAAGGAGCGCAUAUGAACUGGAUCACAGCUGACCUCAUCCAAAUGUACCAGUUUCGGGAUUCUUUGUGGUCAAAAUUUAAGCGUACUGGCUCUAUGAAUGAUCACGGUGCAUAUAGACAAUGGCGAAAUAUAUGCACAAAACAGACAAAACUGGCCAAGGCCCAAUAUUUCUAUGAAAAUCUGAACAGUAACAUCUCAAACCCUAGAAACUUUUGGAAAGUCAUAAAUAAACUACAAACUCCCCCAAUCCACUCCCAACCCUCCACUGUCAAAGUGGGUAACCAAACCCUGCAACUUCCCUUAGAUGUAGCAAAUGCCUUUAACAAUUAUUUUGUCGGAUGCUCUACUGCCCUGAUUGCCAAGCUAAUAAAUGACACGCAUCCUGAAACUACAAAUGUGGAUCAGGCCCCACUAAAUUUGCAAAGGCCCAAUAUAGAUAAGUUUAAUUUUAGACCUGUACCUGUUAGUGUCAUUAAAAAACAUCUUAAUAAUCUAAAAAUGAAAAACCAGUCCGGACCUGAUCAAAUCCCAGCAAUGCUGUUGAAGCUCAGUGCGCCGGCAAUUGCUAAACCCGUCUCAACUCUAAUUAACGAAUCAUUGGUGUCUGGAUACAUACCCAAACUUUGGAAGACUGCGAGAGUAGUGCCUAUCCAUAAAAGUGGUGACACUACUUUGGUUUCUAACUAUCGCCCAAUAUCAUUGCUCCCUGUAUUGUCAAAAAUCUUAGAAAAAUGUGUCCAUACGCAACUUUGUGAGUACUACCAACAAUUAAACUAUCUGACCCCUGAUCAAUCGGGCUUUCGCCAGAAUCACUCCACUACAACUGCCCUCCUAAAAGUUUGCAAUGACAUCCAAACUGGCAUGGAACAAGGAGCCCUAACUGGAGCUAUUUUCCUUGAUUUUGCUAAGGCCUUUGACACAGUAGACCACGACAUUCUACUGCACAAACUCGAAAACUCAGGUAUUGGUGAUCAUUCUUUAAACUGGUUUCGAUCGUAUGUAUCGGAUCGCUCGCAAUAUGUGUCCAUUUCUGACAGUGACUCCCUCCCUCUCCCAGUCACGUGUGGUGUUCCCCAGGGUUCCAUUCUCGGCCCCCUACUAUUUACAUUAUUUAUAAAUGAUCUGCCUAAUGUCUGCCAAUCCUCAAAUGUACACAUGUACGCAGAUGACACGGUAAUCUAUGCGAGCAAAUCCAAUCUACCUCAACUUGAGGCUUUGCUCCAAGACCAGUUUACAGAGGUAGAAAAGUGGAUCGCAAAAAACAAACUCUUCCUGAACACUGACAAAACUGUCACAAUGAUCUUUGGAACGGUACCUAAAUUACACAAAUUACACAAUCCCCACCUAUCCAUCAAAACAAAUUCAAAUGGCACACUGACCGCGGUCCACUCUUUCAAAUACUUGGGUAUGAUAUUAGACCCCAAUCUAUCUUUUAGCCUGCACAUAGAAAAGCUUGCAUCUAAACUUUAUCCAAAAUUAGGUGCCCUGUACAGAAACAAAGCCUGCCUAAGCCCUACAGUAAAGGAAAAGAUUGUACAGCAAAUGCUGAUGCCAAUCAUUGAUUAUGGGGAUGUAGUAUAUGCGUCUGCAUCGCAAUCCCACAUUAAUAAACUCAACACAUUGUAUAACUCGUUCUGCAGAUUUGUGCUACAAUGUAAUUACAGGACCCAUCAUUGUGACAUGCUAAAGGAACUAAACUGGCUGUCGCUGGAAUCCAGACGCACCCUUCAUCUUUCCAGCCUUGUUUUUAAGAGCUUUUCUGGGAAACUCACACCCUACCUGAACAAAAUGCUUUCUCCAGCUGUUCCCACUUUCUAUAACCUCCGAUCCAGUACAAGCACUUUACUUAGUCUACCUCAAUACAAAAAGAAAGCGGCCCGAUCCUCCUUCUCCUACAGAGCGCCGCAAUUGUGGAACGACCUCCCGCACAAUUUAAAAUCUUCCCUAAGCCUAAAGUCUUUUAAGAGAUCCCUCUCUACAUACCUCAAAACAGAAUGCACGUGUCAUGGUUGAUUAUAUAUUUCCUGCCUGUUCUAUGUUAAAUUUUGUAUAUAUUGUGUAUUAAUAUUGUUUUUGUAUUUUGUUGUACCUAAUGUAACAAUGCAAUGAUUUGUGGACCCAGGACAUACUUGAAAACGAGAGAAAUCUCAAUGUAUCUUUCCUGGUAAAAUAUUUUAUAAAUAAAAUAAUAAAAUAAAAUAAAAUAAUUUUGUUUAUUUUGACCAGUUUUCUGUUUUUUUUUUAUUUCCUUUUUACUCAUGGAGCGAUGUUAUUGAUAUAAUGUUUAUAAUAUAAUAUAAUAUAAUGUACCAGUAGUACUCUUGAUGCCUGACUAGCUUGUUUAAUGAAUACCAUAUUUUUUUAUCCUGGCAUAGUCCGCAUUAAUCUUGUCUGUCUGAUGCUUCCUUAAUUAAUAUAAAAUGGCGCAACAUUUGCAUCUUGUUAUAUGCCCCUCUGACUGACAUUAGUCUAUUUUCUCAUGUCAUUGUACCAUCUCAACAUUAGUUUGUAUUUUCCUGCACUGCAAAAAUAAAAAUUAAAAAAACAAAACAAAAUUAAAAACGCAAGAAAUAUACGGAAUUACUCACUUCUGAGUUUUCUCUCAUUUGUAACAACUGUGAAGUCUCUACAGAAAGCAGAAAUGUCUUUGAAUUCCCAUUAAUUAAAUUAAUUCCUUUGUUUUCCCAUUGCAAUUUAGCAGUUACAAGUAAUUUUGUUAGUUGAAAAAUGUGAAUUAUACCAGUUGGGAAGUUAAUAAAGAUUUUUAGUGCAGGUACUCUGGAUUUCAGAAUGUGUGUCUGGUGGGCAAGUCUUUUAUGUGUGUGGAGAAGUGUUGUGGGUGUAUAAGGGAGUUUGAGUGUGGCUUAGUGUUUUUAGUGACUUGUUUUCCCUUCCUUCUGCUUCCCUGAUGGUCUGCAUCCCUGGUGGGGGAGAUUUGUGGCUUGCACAAUAUCAAGUGUAGAUCACUUUAAGAACUCCCUUUUGGAGCUCCCUCUCUGUCAGUGACUCAGUGUGCUGGCUGUGGCACUCGGAUGGUGUGCACAGGGCCAAGCAGGGAGAUUUUUUUUUGAUCUCCCUGCUAGAUCAAGGAUGUCUUCCUCACAGCCAGAGCCAACGCUUCAGGCCCAGACAUGGGCCCACCAGUGUUCUCUCUCAGCCGAGGCCCUCAACAUCCUCCUAGGCGGCCUUGUGGUUAAUCUGUCUCUGUGUGUUCCUGCAGUUCAGUUAUGUUUUUUGGGAGUUAAACCACUUUGUUUAUGCAGCCCUAGCCACACCUGCACUGGCUGAGACUCACACAGCCUUUCUACAUGCUUCCUGAAAAAAAAGUCUAUCUUUUUUUUUAAUUUAGUUUUUUUUAAGCUUCCCUUGAUGCAGGCAUUUUAAUGUAAAUAUUGCCUUUUUUCAUGGGAAAGCCGGAGGUCAUCAAUUCUGAUGACCUCCGGCAGGGAGGCGGAGUGAAGGCGCACUCAGCGCCAGCACACUCUCGCGGCACUGGAAAAAAGGUAAGUUUUAUACUUAUUUAAGGCUAGGGCCAGCUAGGACCUACAAACUACUACUGUGUAUGAUUAAAGUUCAAUUGAACUUAUCGAUUUAUUUAUUUUCUCUGGGACUAUAGACAGUUGCUACUGUUCAGAUGUCGUGCUAUAACAUAAUUUUACUGAAUUGCACAUUUUAGCCAUGGUGGAUUCAAUGCUAUUUUUUUUCCCGUUUUAGAAUUGUUAUUUCUUUUGUAGGGAUUUUCAGUUCCUAAUCCAUUUUGUUUUCUUAUCUAGGCGUUUGGUGGACCGUUUAGACGAUAUGAGAAAAGCAGUGUCUGGAGAUGGGGUAAACCGCUGUAUCCUCUGCGGGGAACAGUUAGGAUUGCCAGGAGCAAAGUGUGUUGUUUGUGAAGACUGCAAAAAGGUAAUUACCACAGUUAAUCAUUCACAAGUGUUGAUUUGUUUUUAGCAUAAAUUAUCCUAGAUACAAAUUAGUUUUUUUCAAAUAAGCAGGCAUAAAACUAAAUAAUUGUUUCCACAGCAAGGUAUCUCAUUUUGUUUUUUGUUUUUUGCAUGUAUAGAUACCUGUCCUUAAACAAAUGGCAAUGCUAAUAUAUUCUAUAUGUCAGGGUUAAUAUAAUUUGUGUAGUGUUUCUGGUUUAGUACAUUGAUCCUUUGCCAUGUGGCCCUUAAAGGCUCAUUCCACACUUGGAAAAAAAAACAACACGGUUUAGUAGAUAUACCCCCAAUGAAUACUUGCCUGUAUAAAUUUAAUUUCUAUGUUUCUAUGUAUUUAUUGGGGGUAUAGUCUAAAACAGCUUGCAAAAGCUGCAGUUCUUAUGACUGCAGCCUUUGUAGGUCCUCCCCUUUUUCACAGAAAAUUGUCCAAUCAGAGGCUUCUCAUAGAGCAUCUCUUCUUCUCCCAGUCCCUACAUUUGUCUCCGUCCCCCCUCCCCUCCAUGUGUCUCAAACCUACUCCUCUCCCCUCCAUGUUGUCAGAGUCUUCUCUCCAUGUGUAUCAGACUCCCCUUCUCUACAUGUGUAUCAGACUCCCUUCUCUCCCCUCCAUGAGUCAGUCCCUCCUCCUUUGCACUCCAUAAGGCUCAGUCCCCCCUCUCCUCCAUGUGUCUUAGUUCCCCCUCCCCUCCACGUGUCUCAGUACCGUCUUUCAUUCCCUCCAUGUGUCUUAGUCCCCCCUCCCCUCCAUGUGUCUUUGGCCCCCCUCCCCUCCAUUUGUCACAGUCCCCCCCCUCUCCUCCUCUUCCAGUAAUGUGUCUCAGUCCCCACUCUAGGUAAGUUUGAGAAUAUAUCAUGGAGUCUCAUGGCUUUAUUUACAGAAUGCUUGCACAAAGUGUGGCGUGGAGACCAACAGCCGCCCUCACUCCAUCUGGCUGUGCAAAAUAUGCAGCGAACAAAGAGAGGUCAGUAUUGCUUGACUGGGAUGGUGUACAUGAAGCCUAGGUACCAUGCACCUAUGAUUGGUCACUAUUACUUUUCUUUCUAAGUUGUUCAAAUUUGCUGUAACAAAUCUUCCAAGUUCUUAAGUAGUAGUUAUAAAUCACACCAUUAAAUAAUCACUUUUAAAGUAGCUGAGUGUAAUAAACCACAGGCAAGAUAUCAGUGUUGGUAGAGACUUGAAAAGCUUUUUCUGAUUUUGUGGAUAGCCAUGGUAGCUAAAAUACAUAAUAGAGGUGUACAUCACACACAGAGUUCAUGUGUGCUUGGAAAAUACAUUUUUACUGCAGAUAUUUUUUUAGAAAAAUAAAAAACUAAAUAUAUGUGUAACAAUGAAACAUUUGAAACAUCACACAUAGAUAUGCAUUCUCAGACACACAGCUACAUAGAUACACAAUUGAGCACAGGCCCAGAAACCUACAGACACUGUAAGACACACAAACAGAUACACAUGAGUAGACACCACAAAUAAAUGCUGCCAGGCAGACACAGAUCCACACAAAGUUACAAACUGUCCAAUUCACACAGAUUGCCACUACUACACAUAUCUACAGAUACACCAGCCACACAAAGACAUACAUUGCACUCAAACACAUUGACACAGUUACACACAAAGAGGUACACAAUCCAUUCCCUGCUUAUUCUCUUCACGCUGAGGAAUCCCUGCCAGGCUUCAUUGUUUAUCGUAAUCCUCCUCAAGUUGUAAAGUCCUCUAUCCUCUGUCCUUACUCUGGCUUAACUAUAAAAUCGCCAGCCAGCCUGCAUCCUUCCCAGAUUUACUUACUUUUUCUGAACUCCAGAUUUUUUUCCCCCUGAAUUAUCUAGGUGUGGAAGAGAUCAGGGGCGUGGUUUUUCAAAGGCUUCCCAAAGCAUGUCCUGCCUCAACCGAUGCCUGUGUCUAAAUCAAAACCCCAGAAAACCAACGAACCAGCUGCAUCAGAUGUUCCAGCUCCAGAGCAGAAACGUUAUCCCCGCAAUCAGAGCCGAGGUGACAAAAAAAGAAAUAAUGAAUUUGAACCUUUAUUUUAGUACAGCUAUCACCAAGGAAAUGUGAGAAAGGUAUAGGAAGGUAAGGAUUGGAGAAAUCCAUAGAAUUCAGAAAGAUGAACAGUAGCUGUUUAUGAUGUGAUAAGUUCAACUAAGGCUUCUUUCUUAAGGAAAUUCUAUAUAUAUAUAAAAAUAUAUAUUAUUCUGCUCUUACUAUGCUAGUACUAUGUUUAUGUGGAUAAAGCUGCUGCACAUUAUUUAAGAACUGGUACUGUUCAUGCAGUACAAAACUGGGCAUUAUAUACCUUUUUUCUAAAAUUCUACUAUGUGCGAAAUGUCCCCUAAACUCCAUGUUUUUGGGGCUUUUGCUCACAGGUAUUCAAUGAUCCCUGCACAACAGGUCCAAUGUCUUCACAUUUGCUGGAUGUGUGUGUGCAUGUGUUAGGGGGCCCAAAUAGAAUAUUAGGUAUUCUAUUUUGGACGAUGGUCUUUAUAUAAUGUAUUGUGAUUGACAGCUUGCCUGUCAUUGGUACGUAAUACAUUUUUCUGUAUAUGUGUAGCACUAAUGGAUGUUUAUUUAUAUUACAGCUCAAGCCGAAGUUACUACACAGCCUGACCAAGAUUCAUAUGGUAAGAGAGAGGCAAAUUAAACUUGUACAGUCCAAUAACAACAACAUUUCAUUUUAUCAAUUGUUGAAGGGAAAUAAUUAAUUCAUACAUGGCAAUGCAAGGCUUCUAGGACUCACAAUCUCUGCUAUUGCCAUGGUAACCUGGUUUAGAUACAAUUUGCCAUUGGACAUGAAGAAGAUUAUAAUGCCUUUCAAACAGAAGCAAUUUAUUAUACGUUCCUUUGUAAAUAAAUGAAAGGAGUUAGUCGCUCACAACAUUUUUUUGCUCUCUACAAAAGAGUCUUUUGGAAAUUAAAAAGCAAUACUGGCUCAGUUCCUCAGCCGUAUUCAAUGGGCUUUUAAAUAUAAGCAAAACAUUUACCUGUUGUUCAAAAUUGCUUCAAUGCAUCUGAAAUGAAUUGCAACAGAAGUUCCAAAUUCCACAUAAUAAACAUGCCUGCAAUAGCUGAUUGAAAGGCAGAAUCACAAAUAAUAUGCAUGAAUAUUAAAGUAGGGUUAGCCGGCAGGUAAACGGCUAUUGUAGACCCACAGCUCCCAUGAUGCUUUGCUAACUUCUAUAAGCUCUGUGUAAAAUCUCUAUGUCUUACAGUCGGAACAGCAUCAAGACUUGUAAAGCAUCAUGGGAAAAUAUUAGCUGGUAAUGGGAAAAAAAUAACAAUUAUACUAAUGCACAGUGAAUAUACUGUGUCUACAGUCAGGUCCAUAAAUAUUGGGACAUCAACGCAAUUCUAAUCUUUUUGGCUCUAUACACCAUCACAAUGGAUUUGAAAUAAAAUGAACAAGAUGUGCUUUAACUGCAGAUUUUCAGCUUUAAUUUAAGGGUAUUUACAUCCAAAUCAGGUGAACAGUGUAGGAAUUAAAACAGUUUGUAUAUGUACCUCCCACUUUUCAAGGGACCAAAAAGUAAAGGGACAGUUGGCUGCUCAGCUGUUCCAUGGCCAGAUGUGUGUUAUUCCCUCAUUAUGCCAUUUACAAGGAGCAGAUAAAAAGUCCAGAAUUCAUUUCAAGUGUGCUAUUUGCAUUUGGAAUCUGUUGCUGUCAACUCUCAAUAUGAGAUCCAAAGAGCUGUCACUAUCAGUGAAGCAAGCCAUCAUUAGCCUGAAAAAACAAAACAAACCCAUCAGAGAGAUAGCAAAAACAUUAGGUGUGGCCAAAUCAACUGUUUGGAACAUCCUUAAAAAGAAAGAACGCACCGGUGAGCUCAGCAACACCAAAAGACCCGGAAGACCACGGAAAACAACUGUGGUGGAUGACCGAAGAAUUCUUUCCCUGGUGAAGAAAACACCCUUCACAACAGUUGGCCAGAUCAAGAACACUCUCCAGGAGGUAGGUGUAUGUGUGUCAAAGCCAACAAUCAAGAGAAGACUUCACAAGAGUGAAUACAGAGGAGUCACCACAAGAUGUAAACCAUUGGUGAGCCUCAAAAACAGGAAGGCCAGAUUAGAGUUUGCCAAACAACAUCUAAAAAAGCCUUCACAAUUCUGGAACAACAUCCUAUGGAGAGAUGAGACCAAAAUCAACUUGUACCAGAGUGAUGGGAAGAAAAGAGUAUGGAGAAGGAAAGGAACUGCUCAUGAUCCAAAGCAUACCACCUCAUCAGUGAAGCAUGGUGGAGGUAGUGUCAUGGCGUGGGCAUGUAUGGCUGCCAAUGGAACUGGUUCUCUUGUAUUUAUUGAUGAUGUGACUGCUGACAAAAGCAGCAGGAUGAAUUGUGAAGUGUUUCGGGCAAUAUUAUCUGCUCAUAUUCAGCCAAAUGCUUCAGAACUCAUUGGACGGCACUUCACAGUGAAGAUGGACAAUGACCCGAAGCAUACUGCAAAAGCAACCAAAGAUUAUUUUUAAGGGAAAGAAGUGGAAUGUUAUGCAAUGGCCAAGGCAAUCACCUGACCUGAAUCCUAUUGAGCAUGCAUUUCACUUGAUGAAGACAAAACUGAAGGGAAAAUGCCCCAAGAACAAACAGGAACUGAAGACAGUUGCAGUAGAGGCCUGGCAGAGCAUCACCAGGGAUGAAACCCAGCGUCUGGUGAUGUCCAUAAGUUCCAGACUUCAGGCUGUAAUUGACUGCAAAGGAUUUGCAACCAUGUAUUAAAAAGUGAAAGUUUGGUUUAUGACUGUUAAUCUGUCCAAUUACUUUUGGUCCCUUAAAAAGUGGGAGGCACAUAUACAAACUGUUGUAAUUCCUACACCGUUCACCUGAUUUGGAUGUAUAUACCCUCAAAUUUAAGCUGAAAGUCUGCAGUUAAAGCACAUCUUGUUUGUUUCAUUUCAAACCCAUUGUGUUGGUGUUUAGAGCCAAAAAGAUUAGAAUUGUGUCGAUGUCCCAAUAUUUAUGGACCUGACUGUAUAUUAUACCAUUUGACAGAAUAUGAAGAGAAAAAAAUGAAAACGUUAAAGAAAAAUAAAUUAAAAGAACAAAAUAAAUAAACUUAUCUUUUGUGGCAAAAUUUUAAGGAAUAGUCUCACUGGAAUUGGUCUCGUACAUGUAAAUAAAAUAUCAAACCAGAACAAUGUAUAAAAAGAAUAAAGUGGUAUAUGGUACACUUAAAAUACAAAAAUCAUAUAUAUUCUAUAUAGUACCUUACCAUAUUACCAGGGUUGUUCAUCAAAGCGAGUAUUGGCAGUGAUUCCAAGUGAAUUCCAUACUUAAGGUCAAAAUAGCUUACCUGGAAAAAUUAUUUAGGUCAUCUAUGCUUUUAGUUCGACUAAUCUUGACUUGAAUUUGAAAUUCUUUUUGAAUACUCAGUUUAUUAAUUAAUCCAGUAUAUCUAAGAAAUAAGCAGUUUAACAACUCACAAGGAUCACUUGUGUUUGAUAGUGCCUAGCGUUACGUGUUUUCUUUCACACAAACCUCCAUGAUCCACUUAGAAACAUCUAUGUCCACUUAUUGUCUUCUGCCCAAUAAAUUUUAUACAUGUAAAACCGGAAUUUGUAAGGGCUGGUGAUGAUAGCUACUCUAAAACAAUUAAAAAAUUAUAAAUAAAACCUCUUAUAAUUUGUGAUUUUCUUUUUCUUUUUCUUUUUUUUUCUAUUACAGUUUAUUUUCUAUUUUUAAUAAUGGGUGUCUGCACUAAUAAUGUCCUUUACAUUCGAAGGGUGUCUUUCUAGAUAAACGUAUUAUGCUCUUCUCAUUACACAAUACUCUUGCAUGUAAAAUUGUGACGGCUAAAACACCUGUCUUCGUUUAAUUAAAUGUGCCAUGGAGAUUUUUUGAGAACAGGGUAAGUUAGAUACAGUUAGUAAUCUUGUUAUCCUGUGAUUGAUUGAUUAAUUAUUGUGAAAGUCCAUUUACCUCUUAACUCCUUCAUACUGAAUAACUUAUCAAACGUGUGGGAUUCAUUUUAAUGAGGUAGAGGGGCAAUUUAGUACCCUUAUGAACUUUGGUUGUCAGAACCAUCAACAAUGUUUACUUAGAGACAUAUCUAUGUGUAUAUUUUUAUAUUUAUAUUAGAAUGCUGUAAUUCACUUAGUGAUCUAGUUCCUGUGAAUUAUUUCAUGUGAAAUAUUCAAUCAUACUUCAGUUAUCAACUUCCCACUGGCAGGACUUACAGAUAAUAAAUGCUGUUCUGUACCUCCAUGACAAUCUCUGCUAUACGUGUAUUUCUCAGUCAGUGCUUUUCAAUCUCUGACAGUCUGUGUGUGUGUCAUUCUAUGUUGUUUUUGUCAUCUCAUCUGCAUGUGUCAUUGUUUGAGUGUGGUGGGAGUUACAUUCCAAGUCUGCCAGAGUGUUAGGAUACACACUCCAGCUGCUGUGGAACAAGACUAAAAUAAUAUUUUUAAUGUGUAUUGAACAUGUUAUGCCAAAUGUUACUCGUUUUUAGUCUGACUUGUAACUUGCCUAUCAUCAGCCAACCGGAACUAGAGUUCCGGGCUGACUGAUGGCAUUUCUUUGCAAUUCAUACGUACAGAAUCUAUAGCUGAGAGAGCACUGAAACGUCAUCUAGCUCUGCAGAAUCUGCAUGCAUGAUGCAGGUAGCCUUAAAGAAGACCAGGUGUCCAAUAGGAUCAGGUAACAGUAACCCGUUGCCAUUGGUUUGCCCCAUUACUAAGAAACGUGGCCAGGGUAUUGCUCACAUCAUAACUAUUACAGUGGGCUGUAGUGGUUAUAAUGUUUGGAGUAACCCAUUAAGUUAUGCCUUUAUGCAACAAUUGUAACAAACUGAGUAUUAUCAAUACGUCAAACUAUGGUAUGUAAGCUUUGUCUAAUGCCACAGCUGUGCCCAUCCCCACAUAACGGUUGCCAUGUUAGGGUGUCUGAACAUUUUUGGUCUGGUCACAGCUUUUUCUCCACCUAGUAAAGAAUCAGUCUACCAAAAUUUCCAUGCCAUCUCUCUAGGAAAUACUAACUAUGUUCCAUCACGUUUUAUUCCAUUUUGAUAUAUAUGAUAAAACUUAUUUUAAUAUCUUUCUGCUCUACUUGUCUGGCACAUAGCUUAUUCAUGAGACUUCAUUAUUGUCAUAUUUGGGCUUUGUCAUUGAAGUGUGGCUGAAACCCCUUCUAGAUACAGUAAACAUAGGCCUACAUCUGGAUUCCGCUUUUAACUAAUGAAUUUAGAAAAUUAAAAACUGUAAUCUUUAUCAGAGCAUUGGGUUAUUGUUUCUGACACUGAUACACUGAUUAAAAAAAUAAAGUAUAAACAGAGUGUAGACGUUAUUCCUGUAUCUAACAUGUCAUUCAGUCAGCCUUCAAUUAUUUACAGAUAUAUGUCUCAUCUGCAUAUGCUCAUUUUACUUUUAAUUUUGCAUUGUAGAGGAUUUAAUCAUCAUAAAAUUCUAUGUAUCCAGGCAAUGAAUCAACUCUUACUGCUACUGGAAGAGGCAAUUACCCUCCAACUUCUCAUAAACAACAAGAAUCAAGAAUGGCUCCAAGUGGAGGUGAAUAUGGUGGAGGAGACCAAGAAAGCAGAGAUUACUCUUACAGUGGACCUGACAAUGACCCUAACAGAAGCCCUGGAGGUUUGUGAACAUGUUACCAGUUAUAAGAUGUAAAUAAUAUAUAUAUAUAUUUUUUAAAUAAUAUUUUUGUUGAAAAUUAGUUAAAAAUAUAAAAAGAACAGAUGGCAUAGACUUAGUAAUGCAUAACAAAUAAUAUACUUACCACUGUGUAUACCAAUGGAUAUUUAAAGGAACACUGCAAACACCAAAACCACAACAUGCCCUGGUGCCAUCCAAGCAUAAUCUGUCAAACCAUUUUAGCUUGGUUUGAUACUUACCGAGGUCCCACUGGGCACCCAUGCUGCAUUCACUCUUCUCAGUGUUAAAGAAGCCAGCUUGUUAACUGCAGCUACUCACUGAACUGAGAGCACUCAGCUGAUGCUAUAAGCCAGUGAAUUAAAUGCUUACAUUUCAUUUAACUUUUCCUGCUCUGGGUAGACCAAAUACAGCAAAGACCCAUCAGGACACAGACAGUCCCCAACUGGGCUAAAGCAGGUUGACAGAUUACACUAAGAUGGCACCCAGUCACUCCUGGCACUAUAACCACCAGUUUUGUAAACAAGCAGGUAAUAGCUUGAUGGCUGUGUCAUUUAACGUAAAUAAUUUAUUUGUAGUCCCCCCCCGCCCUCCUGCUUCCCAAGUAUUGAUAUUGAGCAUUACUGUAUUUGGCUGUUCUCCCAAGUUAGUAUCUAGAAAAUGUGGUCUUUCAGUCCUCUCACAUCUGGUUUUAUCUUUGGGGCUAAAAUAUUUUGGCAUAUCUGUGUAUGAUUCACUAUACCCCCCUAUACAUCAGUAUGGGGGCAAAAGUGGGCAAGUCAGUGAUGUGAAAUACAGACUUGACCUUCCCCGAAAAGGGGACUGCUCAGAAAGGGACAGUUCCACCUGAAGAAUCGUCAGUUCAAUCUGAUGUGAAUGCACACCGGGCUGCCUGCCAACUUAGCAACCUGGCUCACCAAGGGCGACCCAUGCACAGAGGGCUGUUUCAACACUCUCUGCAGGGUCCUAGUGCCUUAAUUAUAGUGUGAGUGCAUCUAAUGAUGCGCUUGAGUUACGCUUUUUGAGGACAGUUCAUCAGGGUGCAAAGUCGGGACGACAGGACAAGACCCUAAAGUUUGAGACUGUUGGGAGGCCUGAUUCACUUAUAGGUCACUUGUUUAUUGUGUAGCAAGGCUAACUCUUGCAAGUAGCUUUGUGCAAAGAUUACUCUACCCUCUUGUAAAAUUUGCUUUUUUAUGGUUUAUUAUAUACUUUAUUGUAGAAUUUCUACACUUUUGAAAUGUUAUUACAUGUGUAUAUAUUAUGCUUGAUUCUCUUGAUAAACAUGAUUUAAUGUCAGCUUAACACGUACAAUUAUACAAACUUUAAAAUCCCAAGUCAAAUAUCUCUCAAUACAGUAUCUUAUUGUAUUAAGUGCUUGCUACUAAACCUCUGUCCUCCCUCCUUUGGCAUAAAAGACUUUCUUGUCUUUGAUUGGAUGGGUUGCUAUGAAAAUUCCUAGUCGGUGCUGCUAGUGCUGACUAGGAAGUGUAGGAAGGCCAAGACAUAAUGAGAUUUUCCCUAGUAGGAGCGCAGCACAGCCCGGAGGUGGGUAUUACAUGAAGAGUGUCACCCACAACGUGGCUCUGGGGGAAAAGUGAGUAAAUUUUUAUAUUUUACAUUGAAUAUAUCUCUUUGAAAAUUCCAUACCUGAUGAAUUUUGUCUGUACUUUUCCACCUGUGGUUAAACUACAAGUAAUGUAAUGUCUGACUCAUGGAAGGACUGGAAAAGGAAGCAAAAAGUUGAUAGUCCUUCCCUUAUCAUACUUUUCCCAAUGUCAUAGUAAGGACCCUUGCUAGCACUAUGAUACAUGGUAUUUAUAGCGUUGCUUCUGACUAGAGUCAUAAGAGUCCUUGGAGGCUGAAUAGAUAUCUCACAAAACGUGUUUCUUAGAGACAAUUUCCACAAUAAAAAAGUUGAAUCUGAACUCAUCAUUCUAAACCUUUCUUGGAUAACAAAGUCUUUGUUGAAAAAUAAAAUAUAUAUAUUGAGCUAGCUAAAUCAAUGCCAGAUGUGUAGAUCAUAUGAUCUACUGUGCUAUGUUCCCAUUUUAUUAUUUUAGGAUUGUAUGGUGUCAAUUUUGGAAGUGCAUUGACAUAUGUGUUUGUAGUUCACUGACACAGGUGAUAUUUAUAGCUUUAAAUUCAUGGCAAAAUUGAAUCCAUACAUUUAAAAGUUUACUAUCCAUGUGUCAUCUGAUGUACCACUAUUACGAUGUGUAUAUCCUCUAAUGUACCAAUGUAUAAAAAUAUAUUUAGAAUCAUGAAUGCUUUUAAUGUCAUCUCUGUAAGUAGAAUUUAAAUGGAUUCAUUUACUGGAAUUAGACUUCAUUUUCACGUCAUUCCUCGUCUUCUUGUCUGCGGAGACUGUCUAUGAUAUUGGAAGCAAGCAAAGACACAUGUCGCUGGUUUCCUUGUCAUAUAGCAUUUUAGUAAUACUGCAUUUCACCUUCUCUGUUGCAUCUACUCUCCUCGUUUGGAAUUAAUUGAAAUAAUAACCGCCUGAGAAGCAAUUAUUAUGCAUGCUAUCACAAUUUUGACCUUAAGGAUCAUAUCCUGCCAUUGACUGUCCUACUUCAAGUUUCUGCACAGCUGAUAAUAUAAAUUAAAAAAAAAAAUUCCAUGUCAUUAUAUGGCCAUUAAGGCACAAGUUAUGGUGAUGGCAUUGAACAUUUCUUUCCUUUAAGGGAUUAGGACUGAAGAUAGCCCUACAAAGCAUAGCUGCAUGAUACGCAAUAGAGUAGUUACAUUCUACAUUGAAGAAGAGGGCUGUGCAAACUUACUAAAACUAAAAAACUAAAUAUUAGUCCUGAUGACUCAUUACAUGUUUGUCAUUAACAAGUUGCUCUCCACGUGCCAUCUGGUUUACAUGUCACAAUCUUGCCUUGGUAUCAUUUAGAAUGACUUACAUAAUUGGUAAUAACUAUCCUUUGGUCAAACAGCUCUCUGAGAAUCGUGGGGAGGAUGAACCAUCAUGGCACUAUAGCCUAGAUUUUUCAAAGUCGCCCCUUAAGAUGUCCAAUUUAAAAAAUAAAAUAAAAUAUUUGGUAAAAUUCGUGUAUUUCUGAAAAUCUGUCAUAUCUUUAGGUCCAUGAGCAGAAUUAUGUAUUUUUGUCUCUAUUCUCGAAUACUGUGAAUUGCACACUUAUUUGCAUGUUUAUUUGAAUUUUAUUUCAUUUUUCAGUCUACAGUGAUGCAAAAAAUAGCUUUUAAUUUUUAUGCAUUUUUAUUGCACUGAUGUAUAAGUUCCGACUCGUCUCACCAUGUGCAGUUUCUCGUAUUCUGAAAUAUGAAUACCCUGCAACCUCAAUGUGAAGACGAUGAAUAAUGUAUACUCAUAGCAUGGGAUGGCUUUACAGUUUAAUUGGCCUUAAUUCAAUUUCUUUCCAACGCAUCCUAGUUAUUUUAUGUUAAAAUCAUGCACAGUGACAGCUCUCUCCCAUGCGGUAAAUGUGACCGGAGGUUUCGUUCAAUCUGUUUCAUACAGGCAUACGUGUUCCUUUCAGGCAUUUACAAGGAAUUCUUCCAAUAUUCAAAUAGACAAGGAAGGGCAAAAUGUAUCUUUAAAUAUCCCAAAUGGAUACAAAGAUGAGCUUAGUUUGCCUCUCCCAUAUAUUGUAGACAAUCAGAGAUAUGAUAAAUACAUGCAUAAAUGGAAGAAAUUGAUGAUCACUGACUAGAUUAUUGUCUUUUUCUUUAUUUAUGUAAUGUGUGUGUACAAUUAUGGAGUAUCUUUGUAUUUCAUAAGAAAUCCUGCAACACCACUCAUUUAUAUUAAUAUAAAUAUAAAUGUGUUAUGGGGAAAGAACACAUAUGUAACAGCACCUAUGGUGAGGCUAAGAGUCCUUAGGCUCUUUUUGAAUGCUUUUUCAUUAUUGGGAAGAAAUUUCAAAAUUCUUGCCCACAUUCUUUCUAAAUCGGAAAGAGACAUGUAGCGCACAUACGAUAGCAAAAGCAGUAUCAAAUACACCAGGCCAAAAAAGAAAAUAUAGCAGUUAGACACGGUGCUCAUGUUUUUGGGGCCCAGAUCCUAGUGAUCCUCUUUUCUAGGUGAUCCAUAUUGUUGUUGUGUCUUAGUAUAUAACAGAGCUCCACAACAAAAAUGCUCCCAAUAACGUGUCUUUAAACUACAAUAAAUGUGUAAUCGGUCUCUGACAUAAAUGUGUAAUCAGUCUCAAAAAUCUGUCUGUGUAAAAAAGAUACAUUGUUCUUGUUCUAAAUUAUAUUUAAGUUGCAUUAAUUGUUUUAAGUGUGUCACCUAAAAUUUCUCAGUAUAACCCUGCUCCUGGCCACAACCCUGCUCACACUCUUUGUCCAUUUGAAAUUUGCCCUGAGGCCAAUUUCCUCAGUGCAUCCCGUGAGAUAUAUCUAUAUGCGCUAAUUUAUAGGCCUAGUUUGGGUUAUGAUUGAAUGGUGAAUAUGAUUAGGUGGGUGGGUGGUUGGAUGAUAAGUUGGAAAAGGUAUGUGUAUGUGGGUGGAGGCUACUUGUGCUUUUGUAUAUGUGUGUUUGCUGCUUUUGGGGUUGUGCGUAUGGGGGCUGAUUCUUAAGUUGCCAUUUGGGGCUUUUGUGGGGGAUAGGGGUUGUAGUGGAGUGAUAGGUACUAAAGUGAGUGGGGGAUAUAGGGGAAUAGGGGGGUGAUAGUAUAGAGACUAUUGUGGGACUGAAAGUGGCUGCAGUGGGGGACAGGGCCUCUAGGGGCUUUAGUGGGGGAUAGUAUUUAUAGUAGUAAACAUAGUGGUAGGAGAGGGGUUGUAGUGGGAAGGAUAAUAAUAUAGUAAGAAAGUAAUGGCUUCCGAGGUGUAUAGCGGAGUAGUGGGGGACUGUGGAUAUAGUGGAGGGUAGGGGCUAUAGUGUGGGAUUGCGGUUGUCUUGGGAUAUGUGGCUGUAGUAAGAUAUAUGGACUUGAAGAAAAAUAAAACAUUUUUGUAUUUUUAAAAAACAAACAACCCCCUCAACAAAUACUAGACUAAAGCUUAUUCUCGCCACCUUGUGGAUUACCUUGGGCCAGGAAGGGGGGAAUCCUGAUCCCAGGUGGUUUGGUGGGAGAUGCAGCAUGUCUGUACCCCCAGUGGGCAUAGAUACCUUCUUCCAACCCUGGGAAAUGUAUCAGAGCAUUGCAAUAUUAACCCUUGACAUUGCUCUAAUACAGUGCAGGCAAGGAAGACUUAUUACGAUCUCUCUAUUUGAGUUAAAGCCCUGCAGGUCCGACAGGAGGAGAAUUGGCUUGCUAGUGGGGGAGAUCUUUGAUCUCCCCACUGGCCAUGCUGUCCCUCUCAUGCCUGCUGCCCCGAAGAUGUGUAUUUUUUUGUCCUUGUGGGAAAUCUAACCCUGCUCUCCAGAGUAUAUGUCUGUCUUAAUAUCAAUAUUUGUAUGCAUUAUUAACCACAAACAGAAUAUUUAUCGAGGUUAGACUGGAACCACAGACCUCUGUGUUCAUAUUUUAUGGGGAGGGGGAUGGUGGUGGUGGUGAUGAAUGUAUGUUGUUACAUUUUUAUACCCUGAAUAGAAAGUGUUUUAGUGAUACAGCCACGGAAUGUUGCAUACUGUCUGCUUAGAAAGUACCGCGUCUGAUUUGCCUUGUCCUAACAAAUAAUGACUUCUUUGUAUUAACCCAUUAAGAAGAAUCACACUUCUUCAGAUUCUGUGCUUAUCCCCCAAGUUACGUUGUUGUGACUGGGAAAAUGGCAUGGAUUUAUCACUAUCUUUAUUUUUCCAUAGAAUGCCAAUAUUUCCCCAAAGCAAAAUACAUUAUUAUAAGAACUGCGCAAUGUUCUACAGCGUGGGGCUAUAUGGCUUAACUGACAAACUUGCAGCCUAGUUUUUGAGUAGACACAUUUGAUUCUAAUUUUGAUACAAAUCCAACUUUUUCCAUUCCUUGGCUUGUGAUAUCCUGCAAAUUAUGAGAACUCUUAGUAUCUCUGUGAAAUCACACAGCUGGAUGCCAUGUACGUCAGGAAGUAUUUAGCGAAUGGAGAAAAAUACAUUGUUGAUUGGAAAACUGGAGCGAUUCUUAGUAUGAAUAGCAAUUCAUCAUUUGCCUGAUGUUCUCAUUCUUAUAGUAGAUUAUAUGCGUACAUGCUGGAAAAAUAGAUUUGUUGCUAUUCUUGUUCAGGCAUCUGCCUUAAUUUAUAUUUAGAUAAGUGGCAGAAAAAGCACUCAGCAACAAAUAUUUGAAUAUGAUUAAAAUGCUUUAUAUCUUUAAUUUUACUUUAUUACAGUAUGUUCUCGAGGUGUGUGAGAGAUAAGUAUUGGAAUUGCUUUUUAUUUUAUUUUUUUUAAAGCAGAAGUACCAGCUUAAUUUCAACUAAUAAUAUUAAUAAACUUAAAAAUAUUUUUGUGCUGGAUUUUGACUAGAUAAUAAGUAACCAAUAUUAAUGUAAAUGGUUAGAUAAAUGUGUGGCAUGUAGAACAAGCUAGCCCUGCAUUAUGGUGUUCCUGGGCACACCUGGGAAACUCCUUGCGCUUGUCUAUGUCUGUUACUCUGGCACCCAAAUUUAUUAGAGACCAUGCUCUUUCUCUGGUGAGGAAUAUAUAUGCUUGAUAUCCUAUAGCAUAGGUCCUCAAACUCCGGCCCCCCAGAUGUUGCUGAACUACACCUCCCACAAUUCUUUGAAUUACAUAGAUAGCCAAAGAAUCAUGGGCGUUGUAGUUCAGCAACAUCUUGGGGGCCGGAGUUUGAGGACCCUAUAGCAUGAACCGUGCCCAGAGUAACUAACUCCUUCUCUCCUUAUCCUUGGAUGAAGCUUUACUGUAUUUUUUUAUAAACAUAGACAAUGUGUAAGUUAAAAUAUUAUGCAUAAUUUUUAUAUAUAUAUAUAUAUAUAUAUAUAUAUAUAUAUAGUAAUCAUAUGUGUCAUACUUACUAUAUACUUACUAUAUUUUAAUGUGCAAGCAGGAAGCUGAAGGGACACUAAGCCAUAGUUUUAACCCUGUAAUGUCAAACAUUGCCGUUCUGCAGGAAUAGCAAUGUUUUCUUUGCAGGGUUAACAUGCCUCUCGUGGCUGUCAUGCUGACAGCCACAAGAGUUGCUUCUGCAAAAUAGUAGAGUAAAACUGCACCAUUUCUAUCAGGUAGACUCACAAUGCCUCAAAAAGCUUUCCAAUGGGAAAGCAUUGUAUUGGCUGAGGUCAUCAAAAUUGAUGAUCUCAGUCAUAGAGGCGGAGCCAGGCAGGGCCAGCUGCGGCAAGAUGAAGCGGCGUGGGAGAAUCACAGAGAGAGAGCUUGUCACCUAAACAACUACUUUAGCGCUAUAGUGUCAGGUAUUCCUCACAGUAUAGUGCUCCUUUAAGGGAGUAUUCCAUACAUCCUAAAGCUGCCUUCUUUGCUUAGGAAGCAUUAAUAAGGAAGUUUUUUUAUUAUUUGUCUAAAACUUGAGUAUGGAUCUGAAGGAUUCAGCUGUGGCAAAUCACUAUUAAUCAACUCACCACCACCAAAUUUACACAGGCUUCAGACCUGUUUUACUUCCUUUCUAAAACACCUCAAGAUUGUAACAUAUUUCACAUUUAAUGUGCUUCUCACAGCAUGAUCUGAUGUAUGUCUAAGAAAACACGGUGGUUCUGGUAAUCCUUAUUAAUGGAACACCUUUGAACACAUGAAGUUCCCUGCAGUAUGUGAUAAAUAUCCCAUACAGAUUCUUACUGUUUAUCCAUGUAAGAAAGCUCCACGGUCACUAUAAUGUGGACAGCAUUCCAUAUAAUGCAUGUUUGUGUCAUUUGGGGGAUGAAUAGCUGUUGGGGGAUGAAUGUUCUCUGUUGAUCAUGCUGGCACCUCUGCAAAGGAAGAAUGGUGGCAGACAUGGUGGGUACCACAUUGUAUAAAUAGAAUUUAAUGAUACUAUGUAAUUUUAUCUGUAAAAGCUAAUCUAAAAAAAAAGUAAAUGUUUUUUUUUAAACACAUUACAUAAUUUAAUAUCUACUGCUGUAUAUCUUUGGUACCUGCAGUAAUUAGUUAAAAAAAAAAGUAUUAUCUUUCCUAAAACAAAGAAUAUGAGAGCUCUAAAAAAGGAAAAAAAUUAGAGAAACUCAGUAGCUUGCCUUUCAGUAACUCCCUGCUCAGGUCUCAAAAUAUUUUUUGUUCACUUGUGCCAUUACAGAGAGAACCAGUUCUAAGGCAUAUCAGACUGAUCCCACCCAUAAGGGCAGUCCAGUACCAAAAUGCUGGCAAGCUUUCUCUGCACAAGAGAUAUAGCAACCACGGACGAUCAAUUUGGCCUUCUUUGGGCCUUGUCAGUGAGGUGUAGCUGAUACCCCUCUAAGCACAGUGAGCACAAGGUCUACAUCUGAAUUACUCUUUUAACUUAGGGAGAGCCAAGUUAGUGCAACAAAAACAAAGAUUAUGAGAACUCCAACAAAAGCUUAGAGGAACUCAGUAGCUUGUCCUAUCUUUCCUAAAUGAGGAUUAGCUUAACUUGGAGUGUGCAGAGAUAAAGGCACAAAAAGUCAUUCAAUCAAAUACUAAUGAAUAAUUACUUGUAAAUGUGGGUUCCCAGGACCUUCUAAGUCUAUGUCCUGGCACCGAAUGGUGGUUUGUUACUCGUUAAGGUUUUGUUUUGCUUACUAGCUUCUUUGUGGAACAUUUUCUAAAAUGUACUUUAUUCGUAUAUGUGUACUUCUUUGUGGAUCUGGCAAUGGCAGCAAAUCAAAUUGAGGGCAAUGUCUGGAAACAGUCGAGUGAUGUAGAGCAGAAAUAAAAUUGUAAGACAGUGAUUAGCCAGGUUGGAAAUAAUGUGGUGCCCGUGUGUUUCAUUAAAUAGCUCUGUUGCAAUUUUAUUUUAUUAUUAGUGUUCCUUGCAAGCCAUUUAGUUAAUUGGUUAUUAGAAUCUAGAGAGACUUCUGAAAUCUUAAAACAAACCCUACAGCUGAUCUAAUUACUUGCACUCUAAAGUGAAGGAAAUUGCAGGUGUCUCUUAUGUCCACUGAAAUAAUUAGAGGAAAAAAUGUUAGUAUAAGUUAAUUUCACCAAAGUCUAUGUUUACUAUUGGAUAACAAUGUGCAGUAUUUAAGAAAAAAAUGUUUAAAAUCCUUUGUGGGCUUAUUCAUUAAUAAAGAGUGAAUAAUGAAGUAUUCAUGUGAAUAAACAGAGUUUCCCAAAAUGGCUGUUUUGUAAACAGUUUGGUUGUUCAUCACAAUUCAUUACUUAGUGCUCUAGCUACUGGGGAGUCAAUCAUUUUCAAUGAUGAUACUUUUUAUAACAGUUUCACUGGAUGUGUCCUGUGUUAUUUUGUACUCAAACCGCUCUUUGCGGGGCAAAAUCAAAAUAUUUAACACGACCUGGAGUCUCUCACACCAAACACAGAACAUUUAUUUUGCCACACAUGCUUUUCCAGAAUAAUAAUAACAGCAUUUUGCUGUUUGUUUUAAAGAUAGUUCAUGACACAGUGAAUUAUAUUUGUUAAGGAAAACCAUAAGAAUUAUUCUGGGGCUAAAUGAGAAAACCAUGGAAACCAAUAGAAUGCAAGUUAACAUUUAACACUUUGCCCCAGAAUAGUACCUGCUUGCCUUGUUAAAUUUGACCCUGAGUAUUCUGAGACCAUAUGGAGCUUUACUGAGAGCAUGGGGUCUGUGCACUUACUGUAAAUGUUUUCUGAACUUUGAACCUAACAAGAUUUAGUCAUGGUUAUGCUAUGUCUUUCUUUGUGGAUAUACAUUUGCUUCUGAUCUAACAUUCUGUUUGACAUCACAAAUUAAAGCAAAUGUUAGAUCGUAUUGUAAUAGGCCAAAUAACUCAUUUUAACAGGGCUACAAAAGAGUUGAGUGACACAAAUCCAUACCUCCCAAGUGCUCCCAUUUAAGAGAGACGGUCUCUAUUUUUGGCCCAAAUCCCUCUGUCACUCUUUUCUACCCUAAUGUUCCUCUUUUCUAGAAGAUCUAUAUUGUUGGUGCGUCGGAGUGUGUAACAGCACCCACAGUAAAAAAUACUCUCAGUAAUGUGUCUUUAAACUGCAGUAAAUGUGUUUAGAAAUCAGUCUGUGUAAAUAAAAUACAUUGUUAUUGUUCCAAAUUACAUUUUAGUUGCAUAAAUUAUUUGUAAAUAACCUAAUCUCACCUGGCCACACCCCCACUCACACCCCAAAACUUAAAGUGCCUCUCUUUGUCCCUAUGAAAUACUAGGGGGUAUGCAUAUCGAGUAGGUGUUCUCUUGGGUGGUCAGACGAAGACCUACGGAAUGCAUACUAUUUCUCUCUAUUUAUUUUGUGCAUGAGUAAGAAAAAGUAUUUAUAUUACUUUUUAGGCAACCAUCACUCCUGAAAGAAGAGAAUUAUUAUUAUAUUUUAGACUAUCAGAACUGUUUUUGAUGUAAAUGAAGUCAAGCUCCCAAGAUUCUUUCUGGGUCCUUGUUGAUAAGAUUUGUAGCAAAUAUUAAUAAAUUGAAAGAAUGUUUUGUUUUGUAUUUCCUGCCUAAGCAACUACUGGGUAAAAUAUAACGUUGGCAUUAUUGUCUUUUAAACUAAUGGUAUUAAACUUAAUGUUAUAUAAACUGAUACAAUAAUAUUAAUUACUUUUGCAAAACCGCUUAGUAAGUCCUUCAGCUGGAAUAGAAAGUGAUAGUUUUCUGAUCCUUGACUGAUACAACUCUAAAUAUCUUCAAAUCACUACAUCAUUGUUCAGAUGUUCUAUCCAUAUUUCACUUAGUGGUGUCUAAGCAAAUGCCAACUGAAGAGCCAGUAUUAAUGAGUGUAUUCUUUAAUCUGUUCACUCAGUCUACACUAAGCAUAUCCAAACAUUUUUUAUGAUAACCUGUACUGAGAAAUUGAUGGAACAUCACUGCAUAGGAUAAUUAAUUUGCACAUUUCAUGUAAAUCUUUCUUUAUAACUAUGGCCUUUCAUUUCACAAUUAUUAAAGAAGGAUAGACGUGCUAAUAUCUGUUUGAGUUCUUUUUUGUGUUGUAAGAGUUUUUUUAUUUGUAUCUUUUGCCUGAAGGUGUGAAACGCGGCAACACUGCUCAAGGUGCCAGACCUUCUCCUCCUGCAAACCAAAGCUCUAACAUGCAGUCUCAACCAGGUACAUUGAAAACCAAUGUACGAUAUGUAGCAAAAUAUGGGAUACAGCUGUGUACCUAGAAGGAAAUAUAAAAACAAACAACAUAGUGUAGUUGUGGCGAACUUAACCUUGACACGGGCUCCUGGAAGAGCCUGUUGCCAACCUCCUGCCUCAGGACCAGGGGCCCUGCCAGAUAUACUGUAAAAUACAUUUUAAAGGGCUCUGUUCAUGGGAUUCCAUUGUAUUGUUCAUGAACCGAACAACUGCGUGAACGCAGGCAGCGGUGUUUGGGCGUCGAGCUCAUGUAACUAAAAUCGGACACUGAAACUCCCGAACACAGCUGGACUUCCAUAAUCGUCUGCGUUCAGUUCUAUACCACCUGGAGGGACACUGUUCGGUGGAAUCAUUACCACGAAUGAGGUGAACAAGCUAUACACUUUAAUUAUAUGUUAUGUUUGGUAUAUUAUACACAUUUAUACUCCCGAAAGAGAACGACCGUUAGCACUGAUUUCAUGGAACUGUUUUGGGCAUGGGAGAAUGUGUGCGGUUGGUCAAAUAAUUGACUUCGAUGGAAAACACCGAACCACUGAAUCGAUCUGGGUGAUUUUUGGAUAUGUUGGCCAACAGAUCAGGGCUAUCUGAGAAUGUGGUGUUUCUAUGGAUUUUGGGAUGUUUGUAAAUUGUAUGUUUUUUAUACCUGAGAGAUAAUGUAGUUAUAUGUUUGCUUCUCAGAUAAUUAUCUAUCAGGCACAAAGGAUCAUGGAAGAGAUUUCCCUGUAUUCUUGUAUUGGAAACCCCUUGCAUGGUCUUGUGCAUAAAAGGCCAUGUGGGCCCUGACUUAAACAGACUACUCCCAGCAUUAAGCCUCGGCUCAUGUCUGGGGGGAACAGCUAUACUGCUAUAAUCACUGCUAUACCUGCUAUACUCUCUUGGAGGAGAGGUCUUCCCACUGGGAGCUGGGUCCAGGUGUUGGUCCAGGGUGGGAAGGGACAGUGAGACCCCAGCCAAGCUGCUGCGGCUAGGGGGGCUAGAGUGCUUAUGGUGUCAGGUGCGGUCCUUAUAGUACUCGGUGAUUGACAGGAAGCACAAUUGGGGGAGGUACCCAGUCAGGGUGCCAGGUGGUCCUUCACAGUAGUAUCCUUUAGUAAAGCAAGUUAUGACACACUGAGAUAGCGCACUCACAGAAUGUAGAUAUAAUAGUCGCCUGUAGGGUUCUUCCCCUGAUAGGGUCGGUGGGCUAGACGAGAUCCUCCUUUCCUUCCUCUUAUUGAUUUUCAGGAACCAAACGGAGCAAUAAUCAGGUAAGGUGUAAAAAAUACAUUUAUUGCCAAAAUAAAAUGUUUAAAAAAUAUAUAAACUUAGUCCUACGCGUUUCAUUCUAAAACUAGACCUUCAGGGACUUAGUAUAAUAAAAUUACAAUUGUAAUCACAGAGUACAGUAUAACAAACAAUCACCACAUGAAAACCCUCCCCCAUUAGUCCAUGUUUUAAAUACAUACUGUCUUAAAGUUCAUUGGUGGUUAAGUGGGUGUCUCUUCUGUCCAUUUUUUGAUUUGCCAUUUGAUUCGCUGUCUUUAAUCUACUGAUCUCAGCUGUGAGUUCCAUACAGGUGACGUAAUCGCUCCCAUACAUAUGUACGUGCGUUCUGGGAAUGUGGGGAACGUCUGCACUCCAUUGCGGAUGCAGCUUGCAUUCCACUUGUCUCCAUCAUAUACUCAUGCAUGUAAACCCAAAGAAAAUACUAAUAGACAUAAUCGAUUAUCAUUGUCUUAAUCUACAUUCUACUUUUAUGAUCAGCAUAAGGCAUGUGCAUGGGGAAAAUUUUCGGUUCAGUUUGGCAUUCCGAAAUUCGGGAUUUUCGCAAUUCGGGACUUCGGAACUUUGGAAUUUCGGAACUUCAGCAUUUCGAAAUUUCGGGACUUCAGCACUUCGGGACUUCUAUUGCAGCCGCUUCAUAGAUAACUCCCUAAUUCCUACGGUAUUAGGGAGUUAUCUACCAAAAGGCUGAAAGACCUAAAUUGGUCUUUCAGCCAAAUUUACUAAUACUAAGUAAAAAUGACUUAAUAUUAGUAAAUUUUGCCCCUGCUCGCUAUACCGCGAGUAGGGGCAUGUCUAGUAAACCGUAAGCAGCCUGUGGCUGCUCACUGUUUAAAAAAAAAAAAGAGGCCGGUGGGUGGGGGCCCUAAAUACUAAUAAGGGGGGGACCUAAUGUCCUCCCCAAGGUCCCCACCCCUGAGCGGUGGGUGGGGGACCUAAAUUGGAAUAAGAGGCGGGACCUAAUGUCCUCCCCCCUGGACCCCACCCCUGAGCAGUGGUUGGGGGCCCUAAAUACUAAUAAGGGGGACCUAAUUUCCUCCCCCCUGGCCCCCACCCCUGAGCGGUGGGUGGGGGCCCUAAAUACUAAUAAGGGGGGGACCUAAUGUCCUACCCCCUGGACCCCACCCCUGAGCGGCGGGUGGGGGCCCUAAAUACUAAUAAGGGGGGGACCUAAGGUCCUCCCCCUGGCCCCCACCCCUGAGCGGUGGGUGGGGGCCCUAAAUACUAAUAAGGGGGGGACCUAAUUUCCACCCCCUGGCCCCCACCCCGGAGCGCAGAUGGGGGCCCGAAAUACCAAUGGGGGGGACCUAUUGUCCUCCCCAUUCCACCCUGUCCCCCCCAGGUGACUAGGGAUCCCCAAACCCCUGGUCACCCCCUCUUCUUUCACUGGGUAAGUAUAGUAGUACUUAGGCAAUACUGUGCUUCGGAACUUUGACACUUCGGAAAUUCAGUAACUUCGGGACCUCUGCAAUUCAGCACUUCGGCAAUUCGGACAUUCAGAAGUACCCGAAUGUCCGAAUUGCCCGAAAUUCGUCCGAAUUCAUAUUCGGACUGAAACGAAUUGCACAUAGAAACAUAGAUAAGAACCAUUCGGCCCAUCUAGUCUGCCCAAUUUUCUAAAUACUUUCAUUAGUCCCUAGCCUUAUCUUAUAGUUAGGAUAGCCUUAUGCCUAUCCAACGCAUGCUUAAACUCCUUUACUGUGUUAACCUCUACCACUUCAGCUGGAAGGCUAUUCCAUGCAUCCACUACCCUCUCAGUAAAGUAAUACUUCCUGAUAUUAUUUUUAAACCUUUGUCCCUCUAAUUUAAGAUUAUGUCCUCUUGUUGUGGUAGUUUUUCUUCUUUUAAAUAUAGUCUCCUCCUUUACUUUGUUGAUUCCCUUAUAUAUUUAAAUGUUUCUAUCAUAUCCCCCCUGUCUCGUCUUUCCUCCAAGCUAUACAUGUUAAGAUCCUUUAACCUUUCCUGGUAAGUUUUAUCCCGCAAUCCAUGAACCAGUUUAGUAGCCCUUCUCUGAACCCCUCUCUAAGGUAUCAAUAUCCUUCUGAAGAUACGGUCUCCAGUACUGUGUACAAUACUCCAAGUGAGGUCUCACCAGUGUUCUGUACAAUGGCAUGAGCACUUCCCUCUUUCUACUGCUAAUACCUCUCCCUAUACAACCAAGCAUUCUGCUAGCAAUUCCUGCUGCUCUAUUACAUUGUCUGCCUACCUUUAAGUCAUCAGAAAUAAUCACCCCUAAAUCCCUUUCCUCAUAUGUUGGGGUUAGGACUCUAUCAAAUAUUCUGUACUCUGCCCUUGGGUUUUUACGUCCAAGAUGCAUUAUCUUGCACUUAUCCACAUUAAAUGUCAGUUGCACAUGUCUAAUCAGCAUCAUUCUUUGCCAUCUUAAAUAUAUGUAAAGUGCCAUAUAUACUUAAGAUGGUAAAGAUUCAUGCUGAUCAUAAAAGUAGAAUGUAGAUUAAGACUAUGAUGAUUGAUUAUGUGUAUUACUAUUUUCUUUGGGUUUACACACAUGAGUAUAUGAUGGAGACAACUGGAACGCAAGCUCCACCCGCAAUGGUAUGCAGAUAUUCCCCAUGUUCCUGGAACGCACAGACGUGCAUAUUGAACGAUUACAUCACCAAUACGGAACUCACAGUUGAGAUCGGUAGAUUCAAGACAGCUGAGGGAAAUAUCCAUGCGGCGAAUCAAAGAAUGGACAGAAGAGACACCCACUUGACCACCAAUGAACUUUGAGACAGUAUGCCUAUACAACAUGGACUAAGGGGGGAGUGAUUUCAGACGGUGAUUGUUGGUUAUACUGCACUUUGUGAUUACCAUUGUAAUUUUAUUAUACUAAGUCCCUGAAGACGUUCUAACUGUAGAUCUAAACGCGUAGGACUAAGUUUAUAUAUUUUUAAAACAUUUUAUUUAGGCAAUUAGUGUAUUUUUUACACCUUACCAGAUUCCUGCUCUGUUUGGUUCCUGAAAAUCCAUAAGAGGAAGGAAAGGAGGGUCUCGUUUAGCCCCCCCGUUACAGGGGAGGCACUCUACAGGCGACUAUUAUAUCUACAUUCUCUGAGUGCGCUAUCUUAGCUUGUCAUAGCUUGCUCUACUAAGGGAUACUACACUAUGUUGUUUAUUUUUUUAUAUUUCCUUUUAGGUCCACAGCUGUAUCCCAUAUUUUGCUACAUAUUGUACAUCUUUCUGUGAGGUACCCAUCUGGGAGGGUCACCUUGUUUUAGAAGUUGUUAUAUUUGGCGUUUAUUUUGUUUUGUAGCAUUGGAGAUAAGAGCAUACCCUUCUCCCUAAUUACCAUAAAUCUCCCCUCGCUUCCAUAUCUAUUUUUAUUAAUUAAUCUCUGUAUUAUGCAAUGAUACAUGGGUACACUACCAUCCUAUCUAACUUGGGUGGCCCUUUUCCAUUACUGAUAGUGCCCUAACUCAUCCUUUUAGAAAGCAAAAUAUAUUUCCACUGUAUUACAGUGAUCACUCCAACUCUGACUCUCACUCAGAGAUAAAGAGUGAGAGAGAGUCUUUGGGUAAGUAAAGCACUGCCUCUUACCAAUCAGUGUCUCAAAUAACCCUAUUUUGUAAAGUCUUUCACUUUCAUAUUAUACUUUGAAAACAGUUAAGCUAUGUGAUCUGUAAUGGUUACCAAUAAAUGUAUAUAUUUACCAUACCGAAUAUCCUCAAAAUCAGAAUAAAUAAGUGAAUCUAUUGUUCGGUAUUUUUUUUGAUUUAUGUUCUGUUUGUGUAAAAAUUAAUAGCAGCAACAUUGUGAAAAUAAUACUAAAUAUUGGUAAAUAAUAAAACUAUGGUAGAAAAGGAAUGCCACUUAAGGGAAUGGUAUAAUGUUAAGAAUACAAAGCUGUGUUCCAACACUAUUUUGAUCCCUCUACCCUCACCCCCCUACUCAAUUGAAACUCAGUGAAACUGCUUUGCAGUGUUAAGACUAACUCUAGAGGCUGUAUACCAGAGGUGCUUCCUGCAAAGUUCUACAUUGCAGGGUUAAUGGAACAGGGGCAUUGCGAAAAGAUGAUACUAUAUCCACCAAAUUUUCCAGGAAUAUAUCUGUAUAUUAAUACAAAUUGAUUAACAACAUACAAAAAGUGCUGCCCUGCAGUCUGUAGGAGAUAAAUCAAUCAGGAAUUCUGCAGCAUAUCCAUUAUCCAACAUUUUCAUGUGCUGCCAAUCAACAUAAUGAAAUCAUGUGUGUCCCAGCAUAUAUGGUGGAUAUGGAACCCUACCUAUAGUUUGGGUUAUGGGUAAUAUUAUAUGAUAACUGGAAAUAUUAAUGUUGAUCAUUUUGUGGUACAACUCAAUUAAUCUGUUACCUGUUAGAACCAUCUUCCAUUACAAUUCAUAGUAAUAAAUGUUCUAUAUGCAAGCAUGGUCUCUAGCUAAUACCACUCAUGCCCUUCUUUCAAGCAGGUAGCAGAGCAGCAGCAGCAGGAAGACAAACUCCAGCCAAUAGAUUUUCUGAAGGCCAAGGUAAUCAACAGCAUGCAGUUAUUGUGCCGCAACUUAACAUAUUGAUUUAUUGCAGACCUUGUGGCUUGGAUUAUUACCAGACUAUUAGUAUGCUGGUUCUUCUAACAUUGAAUGCAUAUUGGGGAUCAUCAGUAUAUUUCAUGAGAUCUUCAGUAGGUCUUAAGAAAUGGCUUGAUGUUUAUUUUUUUAUUUUCUAUGUAGUAGCUGCUAAAUGUAUGUUAACACACUUAUUAUUAUUUUUGUAAAAUGUAUCUGUAGAAGAUGUAGUUAAACGAACUGGACCAUUGCGUAUUCAUUAAGAUGAUAUCUAACAUUGUUGAGUCUUCUCACAGCAAAUGCCCCUUCUCCUGCAUCUCAACCAGAACCUGCCUAUGCAGCACCAACCCCUAGAGAAGCAGGAGGCUUCACAGCACAAGGGAUUAGGGAGGACAGACCUCUUCGGCAGACUAUGUCCUACACUUCAGUGACUCCAACACCUGUAGCAGUCCCUACACGACAAACACAAGAAGAGGAGGAAGAAGAAGCGAAUAGCUACGACUCCGAUGAAGCAAGUAAGCAUCGAAAAUAAUUAAUCUAUAAGGAGAACUAUGAAACCAAUAACAACAACUGCAAAGUGGAAACAUUAUUAGUUGUAGAAGUGGCUACAUUCAUAUUUGAAAGUUAAGCCUUGAUAAUUAUUGAACUUUUUUUCUUUUUCUUUUUUUUUUCCUUUGAAUAAAUGGGUUGUCUGCUCAAUUUAUAACUUGACCUUGAUUAAUGAUUAACCCUUUAUUAAAUAGAUUCAAAAAAGAUAUUGUAACUUUUUUUGUAUAUCUUCCUUAUGCCUCCACUUGCUAUCCCAUUCAGGGGGUCUUGUCUACUAAAUAGUGAACAGUCAGGAGGUGAGGGCUAUAAUUAGAAUAAAUGGGGGUGGUUAUAAAUUAGCCCCAAAUCACUGACAAUGGGUAGGAGCUGUGGCCCCACUUCUUUUACAUUAAUAGCCUCUCUUUACACCUAAUAAUUUAAUUAUUGCAUGCACCAGCUAACCACAAGUAUGGGCAGAGCUGGACACUAGGAUGUCCAUUUGCUUUUUUUAUUGUAUACUCCCCAACCAUUGGCCAUGGGUCAUUGAAGGUGGGUGGACAGUAAUCUAAAUUUACCGCCUCUUCCCAGGGGCUGUAAAUCAAGUGUCCUCUACUCAUGUGGGGGCAUAGGAGGGACCUCUGAUAGGUAUUUUAAUAGAGACUUUUUUUUAUAUAACGGAGAGCAGCCACUGGCUGCUCACUGUUUAGUAGACAUGCCCACCCACAACAUGUAUACGGGUGUAUAAAGGAGAUUUAAAACCUUCUCUGUACUUAUAUAUUGGCCACAUAGGCAUUUUUAAAGACAAUUUAAAUGUGAUUGGCUGGAAAUAAAUUAAGGUCUUGGCUGGAUAAUGGAAAUGCCUGUGAGUUUUGGAUUCAUUUUAUACUACAUGGAGGGUUAUUCACUUUAAUGUGAAUCGUCAUGAUUUCACGAGGUAUUUGCACAUUUUAGGCCAAACUGGAUGAAUUCGGGAUUGGAAUAAUUAACCAAGACUGCUAUGUUCCGAGCCCAGCUAUAUUAAAUACAAUAAAUUUAAUUUAUAAAUUCCUAGUGAAUUCCAAACUAUUAACAGUUAAGCGAAUUAACCUGACUGUGCAUCUCAUUUCAUGGUUGUUCAGAAGAAAGAGUAUUUUACUUUAAAUUUCUGAUAAUUCUCAAAGUCAGCUAUGCUUCUGGUUAGAUUACUUUGACCUUAAAUUUGAAAUUUACUUAGAAUUUUGCUUGAAUUCUUGACAAUUCUAACUUUAGUAAAUAACCCUACUUUGUAUUUCUAUGAUACCAUUCCUAAUUGCAGGUUUCUAUGACAAUGCGUGCUGAUGGGAUUGUAUUCUCAGUGAUUGUUACAAAUGAAAACAAAGGGGGGAAAAAACAAUGAUUGUGUUGGACUAAUCUGGGAAGCUGAGUGAUUUGCUUUUGAAGAUAGGGGACGUUCACCUUCUCUUGGCUGCUCUAGUUGAGAUGCUUCAUUGAUUUUGUUUCUUUUCCUGAACAGUUAUAGCAGAUGACAAACUGUUUGUUAAUGGUCCGUAAACGUGUUGGCUGCAUUUCUUGUCACAGAGAGAACGCUAUUGUUUAUUUUCGAACCACUGAGAUAGUAACACACUGCAAUGCUCAAUAUUAUUUGUGUCAAAAAGAACAGAGCUUUCCAAAACCCUGUAUAGAGUAAUUCAGCAAUGCCAUGCCUCAUUAACAGAAUUAUGUUCAAGUCUCUUUAUUUACCUUUUUCUCAAAAUUAGUGAGAUCUGUGAGUGAAUGAAUACAUUGUUUGAUUGUUUCACAGCUACGCUUGGAGCUUUGGAGUUCAGUCUUUUAUUUGAUCAAGGCAAUAGUUCUCUGCAUUGUACAAUUAUCAAGGCAAAGGUAAGUAGCCACCUGUACUUGCCAGGUUAAGUUGUACAUUGGCAUGUGAUCUAAAACUCCCAAGAAAGUGUAUAGAGGUAAUUACAUAUGUUGUCAAUGGAGCAAAUCUGUUUCUUCAGACACAGGCCCCCCAAGAGUCCCUAUACUGAUGGCACAGUCCUGGUUUCGGCCCUGUCUCUCAAUCAUGAUUUUGUUAUCCAGUGUCUCAUUUCCAAGGACACCAUGAAACUGUGUGUGGGCAGCUUCAGCACAUAAUUAGAUGUGCUCACGCUUGUCACUAGGAGCCUGCAGAGAGUGCUUCAGUACACAUUAGGAGCUUUGAGAUCACAACAGGUGACAGGGCCUGAAAGGGGGUGAGUCAUGUCACUAACAAUACCCAUUUCUACUGCCCACCCAUCCCAAUAUUAUACAUUCUAAUAUGGCAAGGUAUUUAAUCAUCAAGGCUCACCAGUGGUUCAGACUUUGUCAUUAACCCCAUUGAAACUUGUUUGUGUGUCUGUAAACAUACUAACAAAUUUUAAAUUGUACUGUUUGUGGCGGACCCAGUGCCUGUCCGUGAAUUGCCUUUCUUUACAUUGUUUGUGUUUUCCCAAUUCUUUUGUUUAUUGUGCCCGCUUCCCAUUUGUGAGGUCUUCUACAAAGGGAAUCCAUUCACUUCCUGAAUGAGGACCACCCCAAUCCCUCAUUUAGAACGUUAGGAUGGAAUGUUCACACCUCGCAACAUAGAUGUCAAACCGUAAAGGGAAACAAUUAAUGAGUGCUUCCCUGGAUGGCUACCAUUCGUACAGACGAACACCACCAGGGGGAGCAUUCGUGGAUUGUUUCCCGACUUGUUCGACUCACGAACGAGGGCCUGCUUGGUGCUCCAUUAGAACGUUCACAUCAAUUAAUCAGAAUGUUUGCACUCGACACAUAGGUGUGAAACCGCAAGGGAAGAAAUUAAUGAGUGCUUCCCUGGGUGGCCGUUGUUCGUAUAGACGAACGGCGGCCGGGGGAGCAUUCAUACCCCGAAAGGAGUCACUUCCCUUGUCUGGGUUUCACCCCAGGACCUCGCAAACAGAGAUUAGUUGGUCAAUGUACCAAGGCGAGGGUCCCUGAGUUUGGUAUUGGCACUUUUGGGGCACUGGCGAGUUUGGUGGGCUCUCAUGAGCCUGAGGGACAAAGAGACCAGCUCUUUUCCCGCGGACGGGCUUUUCUGUGCCUGGGAGACAAAGGUAUGGUGCCUUUUUCCCGCGCCAAGACUUCCAAGCACAGAAGCUCUUGGGAAGAAGGUGUGGGAAACCCUGUGACUUUAGUUGCGGGCUUUGGGGACAAAGGGAAAAGACUCUGUUCCCGCACUAGGGACCCACAGAGGGGAGGAUCCUGGAAGGGGACCUUGUAUGUUUUGUGUGAUCCAUCCCUUGCAGGGGGUCAUGCAUAAAAGCUGUGUGUGGCCAAAACAAUUGUGUUGUCCCUCCAGGACAGUGUGUCUAGUUACUGGGGGGAAAUGGGUCUAUUUGUCCUUUACAUGGUUCCUGACCGGCUGAAGGAAGGAAAUUAGCGGAGGUAACCAGUCAGAUAACCCUGGGUCCACUACACUGUUUAACUGGCAGAAUUGUGUAACAAUCAUACACUGUGUUUGUUUAUUUUUUAGGGCCUCAAACCUAUGGACUCUAAUGGUUUAGCAGAUCCAUAUGUGAAGCUUCAUCUAUUGCCAGGAGCCAGUAAGGUAAAGUCUACACUGCUUCUAAAUUGUUCUAACUCUAUAGCCUAGCGCCAUAAAAACCAGACCAGGAAUUUAUAAACCAAACAUUUGUGAAAAAUGCACACUUAUGCCCACAUUCAGCAAAUGUUAAAGGGAUACUUUGGAUCCAGUGGCAGCUGGUGAAAUUUUAUGAUGGUGGGGAGCCAGACUUCUCUCCCAGAAUUCUACUACUCCCUAUACAGUAUAGAGAUACUCAUACAAGGUAGAAAGCGGAACAUACUACAUGAAUGAGCAUACAAUAAAACAUGCAGGACACAACAUACAUAGUAAAUCUAGCACAAUAUAUUAAAACCAGUCUAGUAAAUAUUGCUGGUGUUAUGAAACAUGUCAGCUACUUCAUUAUCUCUCAGCACACAGUGUGCACAUGGUUAAAGCAACAGGAUACUGAUAGACCCUUCCAUGUCAGCUACUCCUGAAUCACUAUUAGCUUUAAGCACACAGUGUACACAGACUCAUUACCUUUGCAGCUGGCAAUAUAAUUAAUCUGCAGUGGUGAUGUGGAUCCAAGAAGUAGCUGACAUGGUUAAUAGAAUUAACAUACAUUACAGAUAAAGCAGACUGAAAUCAGAAUCAGUCCGUCCUCAAAGUCACAGCCCCAGUCCUGCAGUUUGAAUCGUCAUAAUUCAACUAGCCAACUGUGACUCAGGUCUCAGCUGUAGAGUGAUUGAGCACUUUAAAGAAGAUGGUGGGUAUGUCAGCAGGGGUUAUUAAAACUAUUAUUGACAGGUAGCACAGAGCUUUGGGGCAGAAAUGUCCCCCUCCCCUUUUUAUCCCUAGCUUUAUAUAUAUAUAUAUAUAUAUAUAUAUAUAUAUAUAUAAAUUAUAUAUUUGAUUAAGUUUCCUAGUUUAAUCAGUCACUGGAGCUAUUGGGGGAGAGAGAAGAGAUCAUUAUUAUUAUUAUUAUGAUAUUUAUAUUCAAAUUCCGCAGCGCUUUACAUCAUAUUAUACACUUACAUUUGGCUUGUGCCAGGAGCUGCUGCACACUCCCUUUGUGCUGCUUCCAAGAUGUCUUCUUGCUUCUCUCUCUUUUGUGGGCACUAAAAACCCACCCUCUGGUGCCUUGAGCCAAUGAUGGACCCAGAAUAGAGAGGCCAAUAGCAUGCCUUCACUUAUGUGCAGCUGUCUCUGCUGCCCAAAUGACAAUGCAAUGGAAAUUCUGUACAUUCCUACUUAAAGGUCACUAAGCAUGUUCAAAACCUGCUGAAACAGGGUAGAUUUCAAACCAACCCAAUUUUUUGACAUGCCUAAAUGUUCUCAAGAAAGCUUCUCCAAACAGCUACCAAUGAUACACCUGUUUUUCCCCAUAAUUUGACGUUUUCCCCAGAAAAAUUAUUUUAAUGUUUCUAAACUACUGAGGUGAAUUAAGGCUAUAGAAUUGGAAAGAUGCCACCCUAACAAAACAAAAGUCUUUCCUAAUAUACUUUCUUAGUUGCUGGAAUCAUGACUUGGCAGUUGUUACUGCUUGGCACACAUAGUAAACCUUGAAAGUGUGCUUGUUUGUGAUCUAUAUUUCCCAAAAUGUUUGUCACCUUUCCAAGAAUCACAGUAAAUAUAACUUCCAUAUCUCCCUUUUCCAGGUUAGCCAUUAAUAUUUUCGUAAAAACAAUAAGUAAGCGUAUGAGAAUAGAUUUACAAGUAUUCAUUCAUUUAUUUACUUAUUUUUGUGAUCCAAUUGCAUGUAGAAAUGAUUGGGCACUGAGAUGGUUUGAUAACAUCUUUGGCACAUGGUGAUUAAUUGGUUCCAAAUUGUGUGAUGACACUAUUUAAAAGAAACGGCAAUGAUUACGGGAUAUAUUUCAUACUUACAUUUCCAAAUACAAUUAGGACAAGCGGUAGCUAUGCGUGUACAUAUCCACUUCAAUAACUAGGUUCUUCUGGACAUUUCAAGGUUUUAGGUGGUUGUAAAAUUAGAGAUUUUUCAUCUUUUGGAUGCUUUCUGUUUUCAGGCAAACAAAUUGCGCACAAAAACUCUUCGAAACACUCGUAAUCCUAUGUGGAAUGAAACUCUUGUGUAUCACGGAAUAACAGAUGAAGAAUUGCAGAGGAAAACACUGAGGCAAGAUCUUCAUUGAUAAGUUACAAUCCAAAACUUUCAACUCAAACAUUUUUUAGCAGGAGAUGCACAUUGAUGUGCAUUUUUCUAAUGUUGCACAUGGACUUAGUUUAUCAUAUUGCACUAAUGGCUUGGUAAAAUUAUUAGCUUAAGGUUCUACAGUGAUAACAUUUAUAGCUUCCUGACUCUAUCUCAAGCAAAAUUCUUAGUGGCUUACAUGACUUAUAAUAAUCUCUUAUUACUGGUUGUAAUGUACAUUGCCCCACAAUGUAGGUACUCAAACCAUUUACUAAUGGUCCGCUUGGUACCACUCCCUGUAUCAAUGAAGGCUGGAAGUGCUGAGCUUAGUUCUUUAGCUCUCUCUCUUUCUCUCUCUCCAUCCAUGUAUCCAUCCAUCCCUUGGGUGGUGUAUAUCAGUGUGUUUGUUGUAUGUAUGUUUAUAUAUUUAUAUAAUUUAGUUUCAUAUAGUGCUUUUCUUUAAGUUAUAAACUAACCACAAGCAUACUUUCAGGAUCUCUGUGUGCGAUGAGGACAAGUUUGGCCAUAAUGAAUUCAUUGGCGAGACUCGAUUCUCUUUGAAGAAACUGAAACCCAAUCUGAAAAAGAACUUUAAUGUGUGCUUGGAGCGCGUGAUCCCGGUAUGUUUCAGAAGGAAACUAAAAUAUUUGGAUUGUGCUUUUAUUGCUCUCCACUGAGUCACCUUUAUUCUGAAACCCACUAUCUCUUUACUUAUAGAUGAAGCGAGCUGGCACUACAGGAUCAGUGCGUGGCAUGGCUUUAUACGAGGAUGAAGUAAGUCAUUUGCUUUCAAGGAUAUGCUCAUUCAUGUAUGAAUGAAAAAAACAAUUUACAGCACAACUGUCACAUGUGAGAUUUAUAUACAACCUGAAUUCUAUUUCAUAGAGAAUUAAUCAAAACCCUACUCUGUUUUUCAUGUCAUAUCUAUUGCUGUUAGUGUAACUUCUGUAGAGCUAUAAUUGUACAUUUUUAUUUUAAAAUUCUCAACUGUUUUUUAAUUCAUAUUGUAUGCCUAGCUGACAAAAUGGAGCUUGCACGUUGCCGUGUGGGCUAGUGUUUGCAUACAUAUGGCAUUAUGAAAAGAAUGCAUGAGUUUGUAUUUGUUUAAGUGUUGUUUCUGUGCAUUUACUAAGCAUGACUGUAGCAUUAUGGGGAGGUGACGUUGCCCUAAACACAGAAAUACUGUAAAGAUAAGUUGUUUACUAAGUAAAAUCUUGCGGCGCUGUAUGCAUGGCAUAUGCGCGUACAGCAUUUUUCCAUUAGAUUCCUGAACACACAUGUGAGUGCCUGAGGCAUCAUGGGAUAGCAAUGUUGCUUUUUUUUUCUUACCUCUAUUGCAUUAUUCACUUUGGUAAUUGCUGCAAUAGUGUUUACUGGGGUGAAGGAACAAAGAACAGUAACUGCUCUGGAAGUGACCAUUCCUCUUUAAAUAAUUAAUUGUUAUUUACAAAUCAGAUGAAUACAUCUUUGAACACAUGAGUUUACAUUACAGGUACAUCUUAAAGGAUACAUACUAGUGUUCCUGGCUCUAUAGGGUCUCUAGGUCCCCCCCACCCUCAGGGUCCCCUCCCGCCGGGCUCUAGGGGGUGGACGGGGUUAAAUUUAUCUCUUUUUCCAGCACCGGACGGGGGACUCUCCUCCUCCUCUCCUCCUCUUUCUCGUUGUCAUUGGUUAUUAUUAUUAUUAUUAUUAUCAUUUAUAUAGCGCCAACAGAUUCCGUAGCGCUUUACAAUAUUGAAUGGGCAUGCGCGGCAUUCUCAAUUCUUUCCUAUGGACGCUGGCGUCUUCUCACUGUGAAAAUCACAGUGAGAAGCGCGGAAGCGCCUCUAGCGGCUGUCAAUGAGACAGCCACUAGAGGCUGGAUUAACCCUAUUAUAAAUUUAGCAGUUUCUCUGAAACUGCUAUGUUUAUAGAAGAAAGGGUUAAUCCUAGCUGGACCUGGCACUCAGACCACUUCAUUAAGCUGAAGUGGUCUGGGUGCCUAUAAUGGUCCUUUAAUCUAGAUACAUGUUAUUGUAGCAUACCAAAAAAAACGAAACAAAAAAAAAACGUAUGGUAUAUUUAAAAAAUGAAUAAAAAUAAUUAAAUGCCCAUUUGUAUUGAGAGUAAAUGUUUCUAGCAGACAGGUACCUAUCAGAUUUUCCCUGCGCUGCCUACUUGAACACACUGCGCUGUGCUACGGUAUGGCACCAUGUUUAAGGGAACACAAGAGAAAACCUAGGAGAGUGGAAGAGGGCCUUCUACCAAAUUCAAGGCACUUGGCAAACAUGGGAGGAAUAUUCUCGCUUUCUGGGGCACUAUUGGAUAUCACUUCCAGUUUAAUUACUGUUUAACGAUAGAAAGAUAAACAGCAUUGCACAUGGCUUUCUAUUGAUGCCCCCUUAUUUCACCAAACUGGUUAAAUAAUCAUAAGAAAAUUCUGAUCAGCUUAAACCAUCAGCAUUACAUAACAAUGAGGAUUCUAACAACUCCGGUUCUAUCUGCAGGCGUCUUAAGCCCACACGUCUUGAGCUGCUCCCCAAAGACCUGUGUUAUUCAAUCCUCCAAGAUUCGUUUAGACAGCUCUGUCCUGCAUUUCUGUGCUGGAGGCUAAUCAUUAAAUCAGAGACCAGAGAACCUGGUUUCAUAGCUCCCUCUUGUGUACUAAAUGGGUACAUUACCAUUAAGUUGUUAAGGGAAUUGCAAAUGGUGUGCAUUGUGAAAGCCUUUGCAGUUUUUCAAAUGAUAUGUGCUUGUAUGUAAGGGGUGACCUGAAUUCUUUUAAACCGCAUUACACAUUUAGCAUGUGUUGUCAUUUGCUUCUGUGUUAAAUCACAAUAAGCACAGCUCCCUCUUCCAACUAGAAUUAUGUGUCAAACAGAAAAUAAUAUAUGGAGAAUAAAAAAAUGUGAUAUUUAAUUUUGAGCAAUUUAAUACCAAAGUUCUCUGUGCAUGUCCUUACUUUGGUGCUGAUUAAAUAUUUCCAGCAUGUGUCAAACCUCUUCCUUGCGUCAUUUAAUUUUUUAUUUUUGUAAACCUGCUUUAUAAAUGGGACAGAGAAAUUGGAACAUGUUUUCUAGAUCUUUAGUAUUAUUAUUAUUUUCAUUCUUAAGUUUGUCAUUCCAUGAACUGAACAGCUUGAGGGAUUGUAAGGAAACCAAGUAUAUUUAAACCUCCUUCGGUAGUUUCCUCCCGAAUCGCCAGAGCCUUAGUGAUUAUAGCCCUCCGUUCGGCAGUUAGGGUAGACGAAUCCUAUAGCAAUUCCAAUAGUCUCACCAGACACGAAUCCCCAAACAUCAGCCGAAGUCAAGAGGAAGGGUACAAAAUGAACUGUCCUUUAAUGGGUGCACACAGCUUUUAUGCAAGUCCCCAUGCAAGGGGACAGCCCUCAGGGAGGGACAAACAGUAACCAAUCACAAACAGUAAAAUGUUAACAUACACCCACAAUUCCCUUCCCUAGCCGAGGAGAUUUUAGUCUGAUAAAAUAGUAACUUAAUUAUCUCCGGGCUGAAAAAUCACUUUUCCCCCAACUUUCAGAACACCCCUUUAUACUGGGAGUAUCCCCAUAAAUUAUGUGUCCCCUGAUAGCCCUGAUCUGGGUGACCAACAUAUUCGAAUUUCACCCAGAUCGGUUCAGGGGUUCGCAAAUGUUAUGGAAGUCUUGUGUGACUGGCUUACCCUGGGCUGUAUGCCCAAAACACGUUACUUAACACUUAACGUUAUUAAGUCUCAUUGUACUUUUUCUUCCAUUAUACACAAAACUGUUCAUGAUUCCUAAGUAUUCACAAGUGGCUUUUGGUAUUUAUAAUUGAGCAAUAUAUUGAACCUGUCUGAUAUUGGUCUUGUCUUUUUAAUUAUCUUGAAGCUGAUUUCUACUAGUGAUUCAGUGUGUUAUACAUAAGUGUUCACUUAAUUAUUCUGUUGUCGACAAUUCUUUUUCAAUUUAUACACUGUGAAUGUAGUGAUACUAGUACAUCCUGAGUUGUCACUUUCUAACUUUUAUGAACAUUCUUUAUUUAUUUAUGUGGUGGAUUAUGUUCUCCCAUUACUCUUUUUACUACUGGGGAAUUUAAUUGACCAGUAUUACUUUGACAUUAUUUAUUUUCCAGUAUUGAGGAUCAAUUUUCUUUAGCUUGCCUUUAUUAUACAUUCAAGCUUUAAGAGCUAUUCCCACAUAUCCAAUUCUUUAAUUUUUUAAUAUUAUUAUUUUUUCUUGCUUCAUAAUUCCAUUAUACAUUUAUAAGCUUGAUUCUAUUAUGAACUUUAGCUCCAAUGAGCCAUCUUCACAUAUUUAAUUUUUUGCCUUACAAUUUUUCAAACAUGUAUUGCUAUCACUUAGUUUUGAUACGUGACCACUGCUUAGGAAUGAUGUAUAUCCUUACCUCACGCCUACUUAUUAAGCAGGUACUUGUUUUACAUUAUUAUCUACUCCAAUUAGUCCAUUCAAUAAUAUUUAUAUUUUAUAUUGAUUCUUCUCUUUCUAUUUAUUUUCCGUGCCGGUUUCCCCUGCGAUCGCGGGGUAACCGGCUUCGGCAUCUGACUCCGCCCCCACAUUUGUGAUUGGUCCGGACAUUGACCAAUCCAAGAGGAGGGCGGGCUAUUUAAAUGACGGCCGGCGUGUUGCUCGGUUCCCCUGGAAGAGCCUUUAGUGGCGAAACGCGCGUCGGGAGUAGUUAGAAAGCGGGUGGUUGGAGUUUUGAUUUGGGGAUUAUGCUGCAGCUAGUUGAGAUGAUUCAGGAUAUAUUCUCUUCACUACCCUCUCCUUUCGUUUAUUACUAGACCUUAACCUCUGUGAACCUUCUAUUGAGGUUUACCAUAGAUCGAUAUAGGCAGGUUACUUUACCUUCUAUUGAAGUUAUUCUCAGACCGAUGUAGGCAGGUUACUUUUGCCCCAGAGUUGUGGGAGUUAGGAGUUAAUAUUGUUUACACUAGGGCUUCUCUGUGAGACAGAUUUAAGACUUUCCUUUUUCUUGUUACUAUAGACAUGAUUGUCUUGAAGACACUUUAGGUAACCCCCUUUCUUUUUUUCUUUUUCUGUCUCUGUUAAUAACCUAGUGAUUUGUUUUAUUUUCAUUCUCCUUCCUCCCCCUGUUUUUUAUUGUAUGUAUUAUUUUUUGAGGGACAGUCAUUACAUAUUCAUUUAAGUAUUGAUGAUUUUUUAGAAGGAAUUUAUUAAAAGUUAUUUUUUAAUUACCUUUCUGUGGGUUGCACUGCAAAUACUGGGACCCCUUUUGGGAUUGAUUUAUCUUAACCCUAGGGUUUCUCUGUUUUUGUUCUUUCUCUCUUUUUUGUCUCAUAAUAACCACUAGGGGUUACCCCCCAUGUCUCAUUAGCAACCCGACAUACUUUUUACUCUUGUUCCUAUCUCUUUUUUCUACGCAUGCCCAAAACAGUUCCACGAAUUUGGUGGGUUUUGCCGGUCACUUUCGAAAACACAUAAAAACGAAUAAAAAUACCGAACGGAUCCCUCUGGCUCCUAGCAGCGUUCGUGCCCCUCUGUCGAAUGCACCAAAGUACCGAAUAGCGCUCUUCUAGCUAUUCGGUAAAUAGAGUUCCAGCGUUCGUCUGUUUGGGACCGGUGUUCGGAGGUCGAGUGUCCGCAAAACAGUUCCAUUCACUCGACGACCAGGUCCUGCUGCCUUUGUUCGCAUGAACAAAGAUGGCCGUGGUUUUCUCUGCCACAUGGCGUUCGACUAACGAACGCUGGCCGCACAGACAGACGUAGCAAUUUCACCUAAACCUUUGAUGUUUAAUGAGCCAGAGGGUGGUCCUUGUUCGGUAGUUCCAUCUACCGAAUGAAAUAGGCAGCAAAAGAGGAUAAAAAGGGAAUGCAAAUAGUACAUAACAUAGGGAACAGGGGGGUUUCUUCACAGGGAUCACUAGCAAUCACUAGCAAAACACUGUUCCUAGAAUUUUAGUUCCUAGAACUUGGAAUGCAGAAAUUAUGAUAGGUGCUCCCUCCAGAGCAUUUCCUGGCAAGCACUCACUCUAUGAAUGUUCUACUCUGAAGAUUUAGACAUUUGUAAUGCUGGCCCUUUCCACCUCCCACUCAUUUACAACCCAAGAUCUUUCCUAGUAAAAUAUUUUAUAAAUAAAUAAUAAAUAAUCUUUCCUACAUAUGCCCCUUCUCCUUUUCAAAAAUUUUAGCACCUUGGUCACUUAAGCUGUGGGUGCUUAAAUUGUGUAUAUGAGUGAGGAGCUUAUUAACAUAUAUAAUUCACCAUUUUUACUUCUAGAAAUUCUGUGGAAAGUUAACUUGCUUUCUAAAGGAUUACUCCACCGUAAUUUUAUUCUUUCCAUUACAACUAUUUCUUUGAGUUAAAUGGUAUCUUUAUUUGUCCCCCGAAUAAUCUGUUCUAUGUCAUCAGUGCUACUGCAUGGACUUUUGGGUAGCGGUCCAAUCAAACACUUCUCACAAAGAAGCAUUGAUGGACCUUUUGUAUGAGUGAGUGCUGGUAAUGCGACUAUUUUAGCUCGGUAGGGGAAGGAGGUAGUGUGGGAUGUCAAAUGAGUGGACCGUGGGGUGGACAAAGGGAGGGAAAGUAAUGUGGAAGGGAUACAUGCAAUUUGAUGUAGGGAGGCAGAAUUGGAGUGAGACAGGACAUUGUGGACGGAGCAAGAUGAACUGAGUAAUACUGUUAGAAGAAGCUAAUUACGCCUGUAAAAUUAGACAUGAUAUUUGCAAACAAUUAACUUCAGGCAGUCUGGAACAGAGUUUCAUGCUGCCUAAGUUACGUUUGCAGGGGGUUUCUUGGCACAAAAGUGCAGAGUGAUUCCUAACUCUCCAAAACAAUCCAGCUAUGUGCUUGUUUUUUUCCACCUUAGAUAUUUUGACCUAAAUUUUACCACCGCAGUGCAACUCACUUUUCAUGAAUCAAUCCACAGGUAUUGGUCUUAGUGCAUAGUUAUUCUGGCAGUUAGAGAGUUGUUCAAUAUGGUUAUGUAUAAUUGAGAACUCUUACAAAUACAUUGGAUUACAAUCUAAAUUAAUACAUCACAUUGCCUGAAAAGUACACUUUAGAGAGGUUAGGGAGACCAAUACUAUAGCUUGUUCUGUUGAAGUCUCUCAUCAAUCUUAGAUCAUACGGUAUAGGGCCUAAUGAUUUGAAAUGCAUUAUUAAAAAAUGUUUUAUUUAAAAUAUACUGUAGUCUUGGCUAAGAGAAGCGGACCAUUUAGUACUUGCUGAAAUUUGAAUGAAUAACUUUACAGUGUUUACCUAUGUGUGCAAAUGAUUGAUUGAUAGCUGUAUACUGCAGUUGACCAUAUAUCAAAUAGGUCAAUGUAAUGAAAACAAGGUUCACACACGUUUCCACAGCUUUGAAAACUCAAGAAGCAACAAAAGGGAAUCAGCAAGUACUACAGUGGAAAAUAAAUCAAAAUGCUUGAUAACUGACACUCUACAGAUUUUAGAAUCUGUCUGACACACAAUAUGGUGCAAAUCUAUGUAUUUUGAGCAAUCAGUUAUAUUCUUCAUUCGCAUUCCCAACACCUUGUGAUUGCAGCACCUGCUGUCAUUUUGAAUACCAUCUGUAGUAUUUAUCGUUUUGGUGAUUGCAGAGUAUGUAGUCAAUCAGAGCUUCUUUGCAUAUGCAAUUAGUUAGGCUCAUUGUUACAUUCUCCCAACUCAAUAUGCAUGGGCUCUUGAGGUCAGAUAUCAUUUUACAAAGUAUACACACAGAUACUUCGUUUAGUCAGCUCUUUGAGACGUGUUGUGCAGAUUGACUUGAAAUAACGCAAUAAGAGCUGGUCACUUAACUCUGAAUUAUAUCAGAUGGAAAGCCAAGUGACCAUGCUGUAACUAUAGUGGAGUUUAAGUAUUCUUUCAUAUCAGAUGCUGUUCCAUAUUUAUUUUCCAUUCAGGUUUAAAUUUGUAAUAAUUUGGAGUUUAGUGAAUCUCUUCCCCUGUAGCUUUGGAUAAUUCUCAAGAAACAAGUGUGAUACCUUGUAUUUCACUCGUUUCCCUACCAUCAUUUUUUCCCCCUUUAGAUUACCAUUUUGCAGAUAGACUAACAAGCAAAAAGAGUGAGUAGUUUAUCUAACUUAAUUGUAUUAAUGCCUUGAAAGGAAAAUCUAGGCACCAUAACUACUACAAAGCACUAUGUGUUUGAACCGUUUGAUUCAUGCCUUGCUGUGUAGAGCAGCUGUGGUCAUUAUAGUCCGAGCUGGUCUGACAAGGCAUAUGUUUAUACUUCCACAUUAUCAUUCUGACUUUUACCUUUUUUGGACAUUAUUCAUUGGCUGAGAGCCAUCAGCUGACACUUUCAGCCAAUGAAGACUGUUUGAACCUUAGAGCAACUUAGCCUGGAAGAACCCAGACACCACAAGUUAAGUUUCAAACUGCUCCUAAAUAGUUUGACAGAUUACCACAUUAAGGCGCCUGGGGACUCCUGACAUCAAAACCACUACUGCCCACUGUAGUGGUUAUGGUACCUAUAAUGCCCUUUAAGAUACAGUAUUUAUCAUUGGUUAAUUUAUAAAUUGUGGACAAUGCAUUCCCUAGAUCAGGAGCCAUAAUGCUAGCAAAGUAUCAUGGGAGAUGUAGUCCACAACAUCUGGAGUGCCGAAGAUUGCCUAUCUCUGCCCUAGACCAUUUUAUUGUUUACAAAAAAAAGCUAAAUUGUUGCCUCUUGAGAAAUUGGUUUAAAUAUAUAUAACCUUUAAAAAUGUAACAUUUAAUAUUUUAAAUAUGUGUAACACUUAACUGGAUGAAAGAGGGUCCUCUGCAUUACACAACAGAAAAGGAUUAAGAAACCAAUACUUAUCCUAAUUUUGCAGCACAUUAUAAUGCCAACUUUCUCUUUCAGGGGGUAAUUUAGUUUCAUGUUAAUUUUUUUUAAAUAUCUCUAUUUAAAUUGUAUUGGUCAAUUCCUAGCAUCAUAACUGUGUAUAUUAAUAUAAAAUUUGUCAGAUGAGGAGUUUGUAGGUUUUUUGGAUAAGCGCUGCCUUAGGAGUUGCUCGGUGCUGUAGAAUAAUCCCUGGGAACUAGAGAAUCACUCAUCCUAAUCAUAGGCGUGCGCCGCCUAUUGUAUAAGGGUGUGGACCCUAAAGCAGAAACACACAUGCCGCGUAUAUAUAUAAAUAUUUAUAUAUAUAUAUAUAUAUAUAUACACAUAUAUACACAUAUAUACACACACAUACACACACACACACACACUGCUGUGUGUGUGAGGGUGCUGUGUGUAGGUGCUGUGUGUGUGAAGGUGCUGUGUGUGAAGGAGCUGUGUGUGUGUGCGGGCGUGCUGUGUGUGAAGGUGCUGUGUGUGUAAGGGUGCUGUUAGUGUGUGCUGUGUGUGUGUACGUGUAAGGGUGCUCUUAGUGUGUGUGUGUGUGUGUGGGCGCUGUGUGUGUAAGGGUGCUGUUAGUGUGUGCUUUGUGUAUGUGUGUAAGGGUGCUGUGUGUGUGAGGGUGAUGUUAGUGUGUGUAUGUGUAAGGGUGCUGUGUUUGUAAGGGUGCUGCUAGUGUGUGCUGUGUGUGUGAGAGUGCUGUGUGUAAGGGGGCUGUUAGUGUGUGUAUGUGAGGGUGCUGUGUGUGUAAGGGUGUUGUUAGUGUGAGGGUGCUGUUAGUGUGUGUGUGUGUGUAAGGGUGUUGUUAGUGUGUGUGUGUGUGUAAGGGUGCUGUUAGUGUGUGCAUGUGUAAGGGUGCUGUGUGUGUAAGGGUGCUUUUAGUGUGUGCUGUGUGUGUGUAUGUGUGAGGGGGCUGUGUGUGUAAGGGUGUUGUUAGUGUGAGGGUGCUCUUAGUGUGUGUGUGUGUGUGCUGUGUGUGUAAGGGUGAUGUAUGUGUGGGUGCUGUAUGUUUGUGUGUAAUGUGUCUGGGCCAUUUAGUUAAUAUCCCCCCUCCCUUCUUACCUUAUGUAGGGAGGGGGGACCGUGCUCCUACCUUCCCUGGUGGUCCACUGGAGAGUGAACUCUAGCCCCCUGUGGGGCUAGAGUUCACUCCCGCGAGAUCUGACAGUUGCCGCGGUAACCGCAGCAACGCUCUGACCGUGCGAGAGGAACCCGGCGGAACUGCUGACAAGAGCUCCCCGGGUCCUCUUCUGCCUCCCUCCCUGCCUGUGGGUUGGUGAGGGAGAUCUUUGAGGAGGCACAUAGCGAGUGCCGCGGGGAUUAGAGUGUGCCUAGGCAUGCCCGGCACACCCUCACACUAACAACACCCUUACUCACACAGCACCCUCACACAUACACACAUACACACACACAGCACACACUAACAGCACCCUUACACACACAGUGCCUACACAUACACAUACUAACAGCACCCUUACACACAGCACCCUCACACACACAGCACCCUCACACACACACAGCACACACUAACAACACCCUUACACACAGACUAACAGCACUCUCACACUAACAACAUCCUUACACACACACACACUCUAACAGCACCCUCACACUUACAACACCCUUACACACACAGCACCCUCACACAGCACACACUAACAGCACCCUGACACAAAGCACCCUUACACACACACAGCACACACUAACAGCACCCUUACACAUACACACACUAACAUCACCCUUACACACACACAGCACCCUCACCCACAAAGCACACUCUAACCGCACCCUUACACACACAGCACCCUCACACACACACAUUAACAGCACCCUUACACAUACACACACACUAACAGCACCCUUACACACACAGCGCCUUCACACACAGCGCCUUCACACACACACAGCGCGCCCACACACACAGCGCCCACACACACACAGCGCCUGCAUACACACAGCGCCUGCACACACACAGCGCCUUCACACACACACAUCACCUACACACAGCACCCUCACACACACAGCAGUGUGUGUGGGUGUAUGUAUGUGUAUGUGUAUGUAUGUAUAUAUGUGUGUGUGUAUGUAUAUAUAUAUAUAUAUAUAUAUAUAUAUAUAUGCGGCGUGUGUGUUUCUGCUUUAGGGUGCACACCCUUAUACAAUAGGCUACUCACGCCUAUGCUAGGAACAGCAAAAAACAAAACAAUUCCUAUAAUGUUUCUGAAAUGCUCUCAGUAUUUUAUAUUUUUGCAAUUAUGAUGUUGGGAUCUUCUAUUCAACAAAAGUGGGUAGAACAUGGCAAGCAAAUGACCAGAGAUAAAUGUAUGACAUCUCAUCAGGAUGGACGAAACUCUACUCUGGUUAGGGUUUUGGGAAACAUUUAAAUACUAUAAAUGGCAACUCUGGGUUAAACCCAGAGAGCACAUAUAUUUUUUUAAUUUCACAAGUCAUUUCUCCCCUUCUGCAGACAGACCGGGGAGGUGAUGUAGAAGACCGGGGAAAGAUUCUUGUAUCUCUGAUGUACAGCACUCAGCAGGGAGGUCUGAUAAUUGGAGUUGUACGCUGCGUUCAUUUGGCAGCUAUGGAUGCUAAUGGCUACUCUGAUCCAUUUGUUAAACUGUGAGUAUUGUUUUUUUCUGCAUUGUGUGAAUGGUAAUUUAAACUUGAUAGGGGCUCAAUUAAUGACUCCUUCCUUCUUUUCGAACAUCUGACCCAUGGAAUUAAGGGUAUUGAUGGGCUAAGUUGUCCAAACACCCUAGUCCAAUGAUUCCUGAACAGUGCUAUUUUUUUUUUGCACUCUUUACACUUGGAUCAUAGGGCAUAAACCUUUGCAAAAGAUAGACACCCAAUGUACUAGAACAUUAUUCAGACUGUAGUUAUUUAUAUAUGUAUAAAACAGAAAUAAUUAUAUGAAGAAUGAGGAGCUCAAACCAACUGUUACUUUUCAUUUAUGUAUGUAUUUGCCAGGUGGCUAAAACCAGAUGUUGGCAAGAAGUCAAAAUUCAAGACCCAAAUUAAGAAAAAAACUCUAAAUCCAGAAUUUAACGAGGUAUUCCUGCAUUCUAUUACUGAAUUGAAAAUGUUAGCAAAAAUAAAUCUGAAUUGCCCAAAUUAGGUAAACCUAGCUGCUAUGGAUAUAAUCAUCUCCUCCAAACUGGCUCUGGUCACAGGUUGGAUAUUUUAUCCCUCAUUUUGCUAUUCAGAUUUAAUUUGCUAAUAAAACCUGUAUGUCAUUAUUACAUGUAAUGCAGAAUCACAAGUAAGUUUAUAGUGUGUUGGAGUGAUAUUAUUCGGAAAAUAUUUAUGAUUGCUAAUAUUUAUGAUUGCUGUAGAAAUAUUCUAUUUGUAGUGCAAUAUUUAAUUAUUCAUUUAGUUAAGUUUCAGUUUGCAGAUCAUAAUUGUUCUAAAUAAUCAAUUGCAUUUAUUAUUUAAUAUGAUCCUAUAACUAUACUAGGAAAAACACAUUUAUUAUUUCCAUAUUUUAUAAUUACAAUAUGAUUUGGAAUAGUGCACAAGUCACACUUUUGCAUUUCUUUAUUAUAUUUGCUUAAACAUCCAUGUAUGAUACUUAAGAGGACGCUAGAUGUCAUAACCACUACAGCUUACUUUAUUGCCUCUAUGACAGAGUCUAUGGGUAAAGCCCCUAAUGUAUUUCUUAUUUUUGCCAACAAAAAUAUUUUCGAGUGGUUUGAAAACAACCUAGGGAUCUGCAGGCUCCCAAAGCUCUGAAGCCCACCUAUGACUCUCCAUAUAAUGCUUUCUAACCUUCCAAGACAAUGAUGGACUAGGAGUGUUGGGCUAAGCAGCAUAGGAUGGAUAAUAUUUCCUUAAAGUAGUCAUUUAAAGGACCACUAUAGUGCCAGGAAAACAUACUCGUUUUCCUGGCACUAUAGUGCCCUGAGGGUGCCCCCACCCUCAGGGACCCCCUCCCGCCCGGCUCUGGAAGGGGAAAGGGGUUAAAACUUACCUUUUUCCAGCGCUGGGCGGAGAGUUCUCUGCCUCCUCUCCUCCUCCGUUACGCCCCGCCGGCUGAAUGCGCACGCGCGGCAAGAGCUGCGCGCGCAUUCAGCCGGUCUCAUAGGAAAGCAUUUACAAUGCUUUCCUAUGGACGCUGGCGUGCUCUCACUGUGAAAAUCACAGUGAGAAGCACGCAAGCGCCUCUAGUGGCUGUCAAUGAGACAGCCACUAGAGGAAUAGGGGGAAGGCUUAACCCAUUAAUAAACAUAGCAGUUUCUCUGAAACUGCUAUGUUUAUUAAAAAAUGGGUUAACCCUAGCUGGACCAGGCACCCAGACCACUUCAUUAAGCUGAAGUGGUCUGGGUGCCUAGAGUGGUCCUUUAAAGGUUUCUGGUGCUGUUGAAGCUGGACUUGUACAUGUUUCUGUGCUUUGGCCUUGAUUAUACCAGGGGACUUAGCUAAAAUAUGAUAUAUGCUUUAGAAUUUUUUUCUGAAUAUAAAUAUCAGUGGAAAAAGGUAAUUGCACCAGGUCAGAUAGUUGCACCAUCAUUUACUCCUCUCUGAAAAACUAUAGUUUAACCAAAACUCCAACACGGACUUGUUUGAUUGUUUUAAUGAUACUAUUUUUUUUUUCUUUGCUAAGGAAUUCUUCUAUGAAAUAAAACACAGCGAUCUGGCUAAAAAACAGCUGGAUAUAUCAGUAUGGGACUAUGACAUUGGGAAAUCGAAUGACUAUAUUGGUAAGUUAAACUGUGCUGGCAUUUUAAGGUUAAAACAUAAUCAAUAUAAAAAGAAUGAGAGUGAGAACAACACAGUGGCUAAAGUUACCAAAUAAAAUUGCCCAUUCAUAAAACACACAGGAACAGAAAUCUCCUAUAAUAUAAAAGUAAGAGAACAUCAUAGUGUAGUGUGCAAAGUAAUCAAUUUGGACAUAUCCCAAAUGGGAAACUCACACUUUAUUUUCAGGUUUAAGAGGGAUGGAGCACCCAGUAAUCUGCCUUAUGAGCUCUCUCACCCCAGAAGAUCAAAAGAGGGGGACAGAACCAUUUCAUGUGCAAAAAUACCUGAAGACAACCGAAAGAGUGUAGUAUCAUCUUGGCAUAUAUUUUGUAAUAUUAUCAAAUCUAGUUUCACUCCUGGUUAUAGAGAGAUAAGUUACCAUUAUGGACCAUCCUUUAGUAAAGAAAGAUGAACCUUUUGAAGUAAUUUAUACAGAGCAGAAAUCAAUUUACCCUUUGAAGAAGUUAGGUAUGCAAGGGGUAAGUCUUCUAGUCCCCCAGAAUAAUUUGGUUUGCAUAGAACAAAAUGCUUCAUUUAUUCAUACCUAAGUCUAUGUAGAGGUCUGACAAAGAGAUAAAGAAGCCCUCUGUUAAUAAUCAGUUGAAAGGUAUGUAACUGCCCUCUGUUGUUUCCAAAUUAUGUAAACCAUGGAAUCCAGGGAUACAUUGUGGAUAUGUUCUCGAAAGAGAUAAGACUGGAAUGAUUGUGGCAUGUUAUUGGGAAAAUAACAAUGUCUGUGGAACUAAAGUGGAGAUCAGAAGUAGUAAUUGGAAGGAAUUUUCCGUUUUAGUAGAGGAAAGAUCCGACCUCUUAACAGUAGUGAGUAUGAUAAUAAUCUGGGGUGACAUUAAGCCCAAAUAAAAUGUAUUAAAGCUGACAGAAGCGAGGAUGAAACAAUAUCUAGAGACUGUAGCGAGUAGAGCAUUUUCUUUGUUUUAUGUUUAAGCACAUAUACAUUAAUGUAAAAUAGUAUUUGAAAGCAAAUCAUUGCUAUUUAAAAAUAAAAUAAAAACUCACAUCUAUUUUUAUCUGUGUGUUCUAUGAUCGGUGUGUUCUAUGAUCGGUGUGUUCUAUGAUCUUAGUGUUCUAUGAUAAGUGGAUCAGGUCAUACCAGACAAAAUGUUUGUUGAUAGGAGCCCUCAAUCUAAUUAACAUCUUUUUCGAAUAUUUAGUUUGGAUGUCUUCUCUUGACCCAUUAACCUUUGCACAAAACCAUGUAAAAUCAAAAUGAUAAAAUAAACUCUAGCUGGAAUUCUCAGCAAACAGAGUGCAUAACUAAACUAAAAAUGAAAUACAUGAUUUAGGUAAUGAAUUGGGUUACUUUGAGUAUAGUUAAUGAAUUUAUGAACGUAUUACUGUUAUCUAUCCUGAGACGCAAUUUCCAUUGUUACCUAGCCUAAGCAUAUAUUUUUUCUUUAGGUGGAUGUCAGUUGGGCAUCACAGCCAAAGGCGAACGUUUGAAACACUGGUAUGAAUGCCUGAAGAACAAAGAUAAGAAAAUUGAACGCUGGCAUGUUCUACAAAAUGAAAAUCAUGUAUCAAGUGAUUAGACUACAGCUGCCAUGCGCCACCAUCACACCUGUUAUGUACCAAUUCACUGUUAACUUUUUAUGUCUUGUCUUCCAAAGUGUUCACACUUUUAGCUGUAAUAUUAGCUAUAGAAUUAUAAAAAAAAAAAAACAACAAACACAUAGUAUUUGCUCUUAGAACCUUCUUUAUCAAAUAGAAAAAUAAGUAUUUGUUUACAUAGGGAUAGGCAUAUGCUUGCACUCUGGCUCCGUGUCUGGCUUAGCACCAUGGGAAGUAUAGUCCAUAGUAACAGGAGUGCCAGAUGCUGUCCUAUGCCUGUGUGUAGGCCCUAAGCAAAACGCUGACUCAAGAAAUGAUUUAAUUAAUCUUGUGUUUGUUACUUAUGCCCGUGUGUGUCCAUGUUUCUCAGUGUUCUUACAAAAGCACCCGUGAACAACGCCUCUUCAUAUUAUUUCAAAAUAGUUACAGCAUACUGGCUAGUAAAGAACAGAAAUAUAUAUAUAUAUAUACAUUUAUUAUUUUUUAUUUAUUAAAAUGAAUCCUUUAUUAAGGCACAAAGUCUUUUUGUAUAGUGGUAAUAUUAUAUAAAAACAUUAAACUAAAUAUAGUCUUAGGACAAAAUAGUCUACCAAGUGCAGGUCUAUGCCUGUAUGGCAGUCUUCAUAUGCUGAUAUUUGAAAUGUCUGAGCACAAAACAUUGUAAUGUGAAUUAUUUCAAAACCAUUGAGAGUGAAUUCUCUCAUUUUGGUCAUGCUGAAAAACACUUUGGUAAUUAAUGACCAAUCUGUUUGACGAUGGCUGAAAUGGUUUUGUUUUAAUUUACCUUAUAGCCUACUAUAAAACAGGCACUUUGAGGGCUCGUUAAGAUGCACAAAUCCUCACUCGAAGUUUUUAUACAAAUUGGUCUAAAUUGAAAAUAUCAUAGGGAGCCAUUUUGUGACGGAACCAUUUUGUACCGUAACUUUUUGCUAAGAAGCAUGAACUGCAACUUUUUGCAGGUUAAAGCUGCUUGGCAUACAAAAUAAAAACCCAUUAUAAGAUGGUUUGCAUUGACCAAUAAUGCUAACGUAUAAUGGAGUUUCUUACAAUGGUUUUUGGUGCAAUCUGGCAGUGCAUUUGUUUUGAAAAUGUAACAAUUCAUACGGUUUGAAUAUGACGAAAAAAAAUAAAUCAUAUAACAUUAUAUAUUACCCUAAACAUAAUCUUAUGUACAUUUUUAGAUAUACCUUUAGUUUUGUAUAUGGUACAUUGUUUCAAGCACAAGGGAGAUCAGCAAAACAAAUACAACUUAAGCAGUUUUUUCACACUUAGAACUUUAAUCACACAAAGUCAGGUUUUAGAUACCUAUCUAAAAAUGUGUAGCAGCUUCUGCCACCAAUAGUUUUGAUGUAUAUAGAUGUACUAUUCUUAUACAUGUGUAUAGAAAUAAUGAUGCUGGGAGCAGACAUUUUGUUUUUUUUCAGACUACAAAUAAGCUCACAUGAUAUAUACACAUAUAAAAAGAAACAAUAUUUUAGACCAGGCAUUGGCAACCUUCGGCACUCCAGAUGUUUUGGACUACACCUCCCAUGAUGCUUUGGCAGCAUUAUGGGUGUAAGAGCAUUAUGGGGGAUGUAGUCCACAACAUCUGGAGUGCUGAAGAUUGCCUAUCCCUGUAUUAGACCUGAUUUAUUCCAUACAUUACCUUACAAAACCUGAUUACCAUGCAGUCUACUGAAAACCAAUAUGGCUGCAUUGUUGCCCUAUAUUUCAGGAGGAACAAUGGGGAAAAAUACUAAUUAUUUUUAAGGGAGAAUAAAUCCAUUUAUAUUUAAUAUUUUUUCUUUGACUAUCGUUCACAAGGUAAAGCCUUAAUUUAAUUUACUGGACUCACUAAAAUAUAUUUAUAAAAUGCUAGUUUAGGUCGGCAAGUGAUAAAACAUAUUAAUUAAAGUAUGUGCUCCUAUUUAUAUGUCCCUAGAAAAAACAUCUAUGUGCCAAAAAUGACUUCACAAUGGGUUCCAGUAAUUCAAUCUAUAACUGUAUAUCAGUACUUUCACAUUAAGGUUAUUGAAAUUUACUGUGAGAAUGUAAAUAUAGACAUAAAAACAGGACUUAAUUAUUUCAACAGCUAUUAAGGGUCUCAUUAACCUGAAAUGUAGUUUGCAGUGUCACCAAAAUGAAAAUAAAAAGGAAAAGACCAGCCCCAUUACUAUUUUGUUAAUAAUGUCAUGUAUUCAUUUUUAGUCAAUUAACAAUUACAUGUAAGUAGAUUGACUUAUAGAAUCAUUGAGUGAAAUAGAUUGCUUGAGUCAAAUAGACCAUUAUACUCCACCAUUGCCAAAAUGGAGCAGUGGCCUGGCCUAGCACAAUGUAAACUGUAGUCCACAGAAUGUUAAGCGUGAGACAUUGUCUGAGUCAAUGGAUAUUCUAAACCAGGAUUUAAAUUAAAAUACUUAAUAAUGUGUGUUUUUAGUUGACAUAUCAUUUUGCACGUCACAUGCAUUUUAUUCAACUCUGUUAACACUUGUACACUCUCUUUACGUAUAUAUUUAUAUAUAAAAGUUACAUCAGAAAAUGUAUCUUGCAGCAUACAGAGUAUCCAGUGCAAAGUUUCAUAGUCAGUACUUAUGUGCUACUAUAAGACAAUCCUCAAUAAAACAAGAGUCUGUAAACUCUACUGUUGGAGGUGGCUUCACCUGGAUUGUUUAGAAAUGUUUUGAAUCACAUCUGAUUAGUGCAUUCCCUUUAAAAGUGAAACAAUUCCUGUGUUACCCAACAAACCCCACCACCAGGUCCUGCCUGACAGCAGGUUACUAGGUUGACAAAAAAAAUCCCCCCUUUGCCCCAAACAAAAAAAGCCUUAACAUUGGGCCUGAAACUUAAUUAUAUUUCUAUAGACAGGUAGGAAUGCUCAAUCAUUUGUAUUCUUCAUGUUUUAUUAACAUAUGUAUGUAAAUAUCACCAUUGUGUACUGAAAUCUGUUUUUCAUUCCAUUAACUUAGAUUUGGCAUUUUAUGUGACCUUAAUGUGUGUUCCAUUUUUGUUUCUGUGACUUUAAACAUGGUGCCGUGGUCUAGCCUGCUGUUGACUACGAAGCUUCUCAAAUCUGCAUGGAGCUUUCACUGUCUUGACUUAUAAAGAGUUCUGUACUUUGGACAAAAUAUAUCCGUCAGCUUAUUAUAUACACUAAUUACCUGGGCUGAAACUGCUGCUUUUUGGUAGCCAAAAAACGAACAACGCUCAGUAGGAUAAUCUCCGUACUAUAUCAACUGCAACUUGUGCAUGCCCUUAAACUACUUCUAAAUCGUGCUACUUGUCCUUGUGUAGUAUGACUUAAUUUGGUGUAUUUGUUACUUAAGGUAAAUAAUAACCUUUGUCAGUAACAGGUAGCAUACAUUUCUUCUGACUUCUAAGUGCAAAUUGCUCAUCUGUAUUGUCUGGAGGCUUCAGACGCAGGUUAGCUGACAGCAGAACAUUUUAUUCUUGGACUUUUCUAUUCAUCAUUUUUGUUCUAGCUACAGAAACAAGAUGUGACGUAGGCCUUUAAGAUAUCCUGUGUGAUUUUUGAAGAUGCAUUUUUCAUGUAAAGCUCUUGUUGAAGUAAUGAAAUGUUGUAACAUGGAUAAGGGUAUACUAACUGAUAUAGUUUUUGUAAAAGCAUUUAGAAGAUAAUCUUCACUUAAUGAAAACAAGUUGUAUCCAGAUGUGCUAUGUUUGAAGUUCUUGUGUUCUAAGAAUAUGUAAAUGUGAUCCAGGAGAAAAUGAAACCCAUGCAGUCUUUAAUAUGCAGUGUAAAUUAUAAUACUCUUUGUCUGCAGCUGAGCGGAUAUGUAUUUCUAUUAGACAAGGCUGAAAUAUUAACUAUUUGAACACUGGAAGGGUAUUGUAAUGGCUUAUCACCCUUCUGGCUAUUAAGGAGUAUAGAGGAAAACGAUUAUUUACUUUUUGGUUCAAGAGCUUUUUUUUUUUUAACUGAGAAAAAAAAAUUACAACACAUCAGUCUGAGCAGGCUAACAUUGGCCAGUUUUUUGCAGAUUGCCUUAUGCAUGGGUAGAUGCCAAGAUGACUACUGAUAUAACUAGUGAUAGUUAGAAAGAACCGUAUAAGAAGAAAAUAUUUCUUGUUUCAUAUAUAUGCUCUUUCUUGUAUUAUUUUAAACAAAUAGAUUUAUAUUUGUAAAUUGGUGUGUGUACAUGUGUUUUACAUGCAUGUAUAUACCUAAAUAUACCAUUACACACUUAUUGAUAUAUUUGCUUACAUUACCAAUAGCAGAGCUCAUACUUUUGACACUUUAAGGGACACUAUAGUCACCAGAACCACUACAGCUUAAUGUAGUGAUUCUCAUGUGUAUAGCAUGUCCCUGCAUGCUUUUCAAUGUAAAUGCUAUUACAUUGAUACCUAGUAACAUCUCUAGUGCGAUCACUGAGACAGCCACUAGAGGUGAUUCCUAUUUCAGUGCUGCAUUGUGUGCAGCACCUACAUUCAACUUCCUCACGCUCUGCAUGGAGACACUGAACACUCCACAGAGAGAUGUGUUGAGUCAAUGCAUCUCUAUGAGGAGAUGCUAAUUAGCACAGCACGGCUUUUUGCUGUGCAUGUGCAAUAGCCUUCCAAGAAUUGGACUGGCUGAGAUCACUAAGGCUGAUAAACUCAGAUGUGGAGGUGGUCCAGCCGCUGCGAAACUGGCAUAGGCAAUGAGGAAAAGCUGAGUAAAACAACCUUUUUACUCCACUCCGAGGUGGGCCAGGCACCUAAAUACCUAGGCCAACACUAUAGUGUUAGAAAUACAUGUCUAUAUUCCUAACACUGUAGUGCUCCUUUAAAUAAAUGACACAGGAGAAAAUGGGCAAUGUUGACAAACUACAUCCUGUAGCUGGAAGAGGAUUAUGGGAUUUUCCAAAUGUCAAGCAAGCUGCUCAUUACCCUUUUUUGCAGAAUCAUACAGUUCAAAAGUGUAUUUCACUAUGGGUAUGACACAUUAUUUUUCUCUAUGUUGAAAAUGGGAACAGUUUUUAUUUUGUUUGCACGGAAUACAUAUUCCCAGUUUGUUUCCGCAGACAUAGUGCUUAUAUUGCUGUUGGUUUAUGCUAGAGAGGAACAAUCAGAGAUGGUCUUUGCUUUAUUCUAUAACUAAUCCAUAUACUGGCAGCCAAAGUCUUGCCUGAGUAGCUUAUCAAGAUGUUUAUGGUGACUCUCAGCUGGCAGUGAAAGAUGUAUGUUGUCCUACUGUGGAACUAUCUCUAGACAAUCAGUAUUACCUAGCACAGCAAGCAUAACUUGGCCAUAGGACUUGUUUGCCAGACAAGCUGUAGAUAGGGUAGUUUUGCAUCUGUACUUUUCUCAAUUUGAUUUAGAAUUCCAUCAUCAAUUCCGUGAUCCGAGCAGAGCUUGUUCCCCUGUGUAAAUAAAGCAUGAACACGUAGACUGAGAUGGUGCAGAACAAUAUAUGCUGAUGCUUGCAUUCUCAAUAAGCAUGAUGUAAUUUUAAGACAAACUUGCCACAUGUCAGUUAAGAGACUGAUUGAACCCAGAAACUAGAAUAAUUCUGUCUUCCUCUGCAUGCAAAUAGCACACAUUGAUCUCCCUAUGUGAUGUGUCUAAUAAAGGAAAACACAACAAUAUACAA